CUGCCACUGAACUCCUACCGAGGGAAAACUUGCCACUGGGGUGGCACCCUCUCCCCCUCUUCUUCUCCCACCCCCUCCUCAUGUGCAACCUCAGGGAGCUGGCCUAGAGCCAUGCUGUGCAGCAUCUAGCUCCACGAGGUCUUCCGCAGCUGAGUAUUUUUUUUUCAGGCUCCAGCGAGGAAGGAUUGCAGCCUUGCGUUGUGACACGCUCAGAGCCAGCAGCAAAGGGACAAGAGAGUUGCUGGUGAAUGGAGAAGAACUGAUUCUUCCUCUUCCUCCCCGGUUUCGAGGCUGGGGGUUUAGGAAUUGGCUGCGGCGGGUGGCAAGUGGGGUGGGGGGUGGGAGGGGAAUCCUUUCGCCCCCGGAAUUUUGCCACCUGGUUAUUUGGAUGCGGACAACAGGAGAAAGUCUCUCUGUGCUGUUCACCUGUGCAGAAGCAGCAUCGGAGGCGGUUUUUGGAGAGAGAGAGAGAGAGAGCCCUUUCCACCGUGGCCCUAAAUCUCUUCGAGGCCGGGGUGGCGAGGCUCCGAUUUCAGCCGGAGUCGUCGGGAUCUGCCGCGCCAAGGAUCUGUUGUGACUAACAUAACAACCACUUAAAAAAAAAAUUAUUAAAAGAGUUGCGGUUUCUGCUGUGGUUGGGGACAAGGAGGGGGCUUCUCUCUUUGGCUCCGGGAAGACCACAGGUAGCCCCGUGGCAGGUGCGAGCCCUGCCUCCCUUUCCUGCGCUGCUGUGUGUCCGGCCAGGUCGCUUCCUAUGACAUUUGGGAUUAAAGUUUGGCUUUCUGAGAGCGGCUGCCACCAUGCCUUUCCACCCAGUCACCGCGGCGUUAAUGUACCGGGGCAUUUAUACCAUCCCCAAUAUCCUUGCAACGGAGCAGCAUCCUGUUGACAUACCUGAAGAUGAACUGGAAGGUGAGUCUGUUUUGGGAACAAGCGUUUAAAAAAAACACCCCCCAGAACCGGGUGAUGGUGCUUUCUUUCUUCUCUCUCUUUUGGGAUGAGAGAGAUGGUCCGCAGCGGUGAAAAACAACCAAGGUAGAGAUGGUGGCAUCUCAGACCCGGGGUAUCUUUUGAUGUUGACUUGGGUCUGUGUUGCAGGUAGAGAGGAGAGGGCAGGAUGGGACACGUUUGGGGUUGGUUUGUUGGGGGGGUUUUUUGGUCCUAGGGAUUCCAGCAGUCGAGGAACUGGGGGUAAACCCCGAAAUACGCAUCAGCCAGAAGGAGAUGGCUGGCUGGCGGGCGAAGCUAUUGUGUGCUCGCGUGUCAGAGAUCGUGUGUGCUUGCGCGUAUACUGUAGAUGUCACUUGGGAGGACAAAGGGCAGGAGGGCGAGGAAAGAGCGGGGUCAGGAAGGGGGUGCAAGCCUGGCCAAGUCCGGAUCAGGUCCGGGAAGUGAGGCGGAAACACGAGCAGCCUCAGGACAAGGAAGCUCCCCAACCCCAUAAGAAAGGAUCUGGUUUGUUGAGGGAAGGGUGGAGGAAGUGGGGCGGUGGAAGGAUUAGUCCAGGUGGCUGUGAGGCCGGCAGGUAUCCGAUGGGGGGUGUCGCAGGUGGGGAGAAAACUUCCGUCCGCGCCCCCUUUCUCUUCCUCUCCCUCGCUUUUGCACCCACCAUCUCGCUCUCGCUCUCUGUGGGAAGGGAGAUUUUCUGCAGUCCGUGCGUGGUGGUGGAACAGGUAGCGGAGGUGUGCAUAUGGAGGGUUUGCUCCGGGCGUCCACGAAGGAGACGGACUCCUCCAUGCGUCUCUCUCGCCAGCAAGGCACCCACUCCUGGCUUCAUCCUGGAGUUGUAACUUGGGAAGCACGCACGCCAGCAACCCUCCUUCCCCUCCUAGAUGCACCUGGGGCUGUGGAUGCCCUAAUGCAGGUGGGGUGCCCCACCACCGCCCGGUCUACCUUGGGCAUCACCAAGCCUGACGGCGGUGGCCCCAAUGCAGAAGAAUGUAUGUAUGUAUGUAUGUAUGGGGGGGUGUCUGUGCCUGCUGCACCCGUGAGCUGAGGCUGUGAAGAGGGAAUCUCUCAACCCCCCCAUCACUUCCUUUCCACAGCUCGGCCUCCCCCCCCAUCCAAAAGCUCCCGACCGUUCACUGCGCUUCCCCCGAUUGAAAUUCCGCUCGCCUCUCUUGAAGAAUCCAAUCUGUUUGGGUUGAAGGCGAAGCGGAGGAGAAGCCUCUCAAGCACCCCCCACCCUCCACACUCAAUCGCAACUAGCCAGCCCCCAUCUCCGCCGCCUUCCCUUCCUUGCCUCAGUCAAUCUAUCGAUUUGCCAAAGUCAUCAGAGAGUGGCAGGGCGAGCGGGUUUGUUAUUAUUAUUUUUCUUUUUUAGGAGAGGCUUAAUGGAGAUUGGCAGUGGGGUAGGGAAAGCGGGGGGAAGGGGGUGAGUGGUCAGAGCUCUUGAGUGUGUGCCGGGGGGGCAGGGGCGGCUGUUGCCGUGUGUGACUGAGCACGGAUCAACAAGUCCCUAUCCGAAAAGUAUCAAGGUCCUCAAGGAGCUGGCCCUGCUAGACUUAUCUCUGUGGGAGGGGCUGUAGUUCAAAUGCUUUGAGCGCAGAAGGUCCCGGGUUCCAUCCCCGGCCUCUCUGUGCAGGACUGAGAAUGUUGCCCAUCUGAAACCCAGGAGAGCAGCUGCCCGUCCGUGUUGGAAAUACUGAGCUAGGUGGAACGAUGACCUGACUCAGUAUAGUGGAGGGCAGUAGCUCUGUGGCAGAGCACCGGCUUUGCAUGCAAAGGAUGUCAGGUCAAACUAUUGGGUCCACCUAGCUCAGUAUUUCCUACACUGGCUGGAAGCAGUUCUCGGGGUUUCAGAGAAGAGUCCUUUCCAGCCCUACUGGGACCUUCUGAAUGCAAAGCAGCUGCUCUACCUCUGAGCUACUGCCCUUCUCCUAGAACGCAUCUCAUCCUCAGGAGCUAACCUUAAGGAUAAGACAGAUCAUUGGUCUGUUUAGCUCAAUAUUGUCUGCACUGACUGGCAGUGGUUCUUGAGGGUUUCAGUCCUUCCUCUAAAGCUGUUUUUGGAGACUACACUGAGGGUGGUUUUUGAACCUCUUUUAGCUUGCUUGUUCACUUAACCCGCUGCUUCUUACUCUCACUGGCAGUUGCUCCCUGGGGUCUCAAGCCACUGACCCUUUUAGCUAGGGAGGCUGAACCAGCAGCCUUCUUCAAAUCAUGCUCAACCACCAGCUCUUCAUACAGGAGAAUGCUAUGGAUAGCUACUAGCCAUGAUGCCUAUGUUCUCCCUCCACCAUGGGAGGCCCCCAUGCUCCUGAAUACCAGUUGCUGGAAACUGCAGGUAGGGAGAAUGCUCUUGCGCUUCCGUCCUGCUUAUGAGCUUCCCAUUGGAGCAUCUGGUUGGCCACUGUGAGAUCAGGAUGCUGGACUAGAUGGGUCAUUGGUGUGAUCUAGCAAGCCCAUCUUAUGUUCUUCUGUUCCUCUUGCCUCCCCUAGUGAAUGCUGGGCUGGAUUUUCUGGGGCUUCCAUCAUCCUUAGAAGCUCUGUUUAGAAAGGGCAGGGGUGGCUUUUUCCUUCCUAGAACUAUUAUUAUUAUUAUUAAAUGUAUAUGUCACCCUUCAUCCAAAGUUCACAGGGUGUUUCAUAACAUAAAACACAGAAUUAAUACACAACACACACAUCUUAAAAGGUGCUCCUAUCCAAGCCGAUGUGUUUAUUGCCCGCAUAAAACCAAGGUAGGCUGGGUCAUCCGGAAACAAUGGUUUGCCUUUACUCACUGCUGGGCAAUGCAUGGAAAGAUACUUGCCAUUCCCCAGUUAUUCCCCAUCAGUUGUGCCAAACUAGCAGCCAGAGAGAGGAGAGGACCACUUCCUAGGCAAGCCCCCUUGGCAGACAAGAGCUGCCUGCUGGGACAUCGCUGCUGUGCUGGAUAAUAUCAUUGUGCAGAAACCUGCUCUGAAAGUCCGCUUUGCCAUCACGGCUUUCCUCUGCAUGUGCCUAUAAUUGCUAGUAAAAGAGAGAGAGAGGAAGCUGCCUUAUACUGAGUCAGACCACUGGGCUAUGUAGUCCAAUAUUGUCUACACUUACUGGCAGCAGCUCUUUGGGGUUUCAGGCAGAAACCCAUACCCUGAAAUUUCAGGGACUGAACCUUUUUGCAUGGAAGGAAUGUCCUGUAAAGGAAGCUAAAUCACAGUGAGUCAAACCAUUACUUCAUCUAGCUUGGUAUUGUCUACACUGGCUUGCAGCAGCUCUCCGGGGUUUCAGAUGGGACGUUCCAAGCCCUACCCGGAGAUGCCAGGGUUUGAGCCUGGGACCUUCAGCAUGAAAGGCAGGCCCCCUGCCAUAGGAGGGUGUCUUAUUCUGAGCCAGACCAUUGGUCCGCCUAGCUCACUAUUGUAUACCCUGACUAGUUGUGGCUCUCCAGGGUUUCAGAUUGGGGAAGUCUUCCUUUCCCAGCCCUGCUUGGAGAUUCCUAGGAUUAACCUGGGACUUUCUGCAUGCAGAAAAGAUGCUCUUCCCCUGAAUCCACAGCCUGUCCCUACUACAAGGCUCUCCCUGCAAGCAGAGACCUCAGAUGCAACAAUUUAUUCUAGACGGUGGAAGAGAACCUCUCACCCUACGGGAGAGAGUAAAGGUAAAGGUAAAGGUAAAGGGACCCCUGACCAUUAGGUCGAGUCGCGGACGACUCUGGGGUUGCGGCGCUCAUCUCGCUUUACUGGCCAAGGGAGCCAGCGAACAGCUUCUGGGUCAUGUGGCCAGCAUGACUAAGCUGCUUCUGCUGAACCAGAGCAGCACACAGAAACGCCGUUUACCUUCCCACUGGAGUGGUACCUAUUUAUCUACUUGCACUUUGAUGUGCUUUCGAACUGCUAGGUUGGCAGGAGCAGGGACCGAGCAACGGGAGCUCACCCCGUCACAGGGAUUCGAACCGAUGACCUUCUGAUCGGCAAGCCCUAGGCUCUGUGGUUUAACCCACAGCACCACUCACGUCCCCAUACGGGAGAGAGUAGAGGGGUGCAUUUGGGGACAUCCUCAAGGAAGGGUCAAAAUCUGCACACUCUGCUGUUGAUUCUGCUCUUCACUGAGAUGGCUUUCGACUGCAGAGCCUGAUAUUACUGCCUCACACAUGCAGUGGAACAGACGGCGAGCCUUGGACAUGGCGUGGUGGUAUCUGAGCUGAUUUCCUUCUGAUGCAGCAGUCAUAAAUAGGUGGGCAGGGGCAUCCCCAAGACCACCUCUCCCUGUGUGUUGCAGGAGCACAAUACAUCCACUGAUCACCUAGUUUGCAGUGGAGGGAGCAGGUAGAAAAGAAGAUGGGUCUCCUGCGCCUUUCAUAGUUGCGUAAAGGAAAGGGGGAUUUCAGCAGGUGUAGCUCGCCAUACCAAUGAUGAUUGCUCAAAUGCCCUUUGUAUCCAACUAUUAAAGGAGUGGAGGCAGGGUGGAACAUUGGAGGAUGCCUGUACAAAGGAAAAGAGGAAGUUCCCUUACGUUGAGUGGGGCCAUUGCUCCAUCUAGCUCAUUAUUGUCGACACUGACUGGCAGCAGCUCUCCAGGGUUUCAGGCAGGUAAUAUUCACUGCUUCAUCUGGGGAUGCCAUUGGGGAUUGAACCUGAGACCGGCUGCAUGCAAGGCAGGUGCUCUACCACUGAGCUACUGCCCUUCUCCUAAAAAUAAAUUAAGAUUCUAGUCCUUAUGGUUUUUGAAAAAAGAGAACUGAAUUAAGUAAGAAUCAGACCAUUGGUCCAUCUAGUCCAAUAUGGUCUGCACUGACUGGAAGCAGCUCUGCAGGGUGUCAGACAUGGAAUCUCUCCCAGUCCUACUAUGGCAGGGAUUGAACCUGGGACCUGCUUUGGGCUAUGGGUUUUCCUUGAGGUUCCUUCCUUGAGGUUUUUCUCCAAACUGUGUUUUUCCAUAGCUCGUAGCAUCUUUUGACUCAUAUCUGAUCAUCUGACACAUGGGUGCCUAUUGAUACUGUUCUCCUCCCAGAGCUACAGCUCCCAGAGUCAAUUCCUCUUCACAGGGAAUUCUGGGAAUUGUGGCUCUAGGAAAGAACAAUGGGGUAGGGUCCUUCUAACAACUCUCAGCACCCUGAGGUCAGCGGUUCGAAUCCCUGCGACGGGGUGAGCUCCCGUUGCUCAGUCCCAGCUCCUGCCAACCUAGCAGUUCAAAAGCAUGUCAAAGUGCAAGUAGAUAAAUAAGUACCACUCCAGCAGGAAGGUAAACGGCGUUUCCGUGCCCUGCUCUGGUUCGCCAGAAGUGCUUAAGUCAUGCUGGCUACAUGACCUGGAAAAAAUGUCUGUGGACAAAUGUCGGCUCCCUCGGCCAGUAAAGCGAGAUGAGCGCCGCAACCCCAGAGUCGUUCGUGACCGGACUUAACUGUCAGGGGUCCUUUACCUUUACCUUUUAUGACAGUUUAAAGUGGCAUCAUAGUGCUUUAAAUGUGCAGUAUGAAUGUGGCCCUAACCAGGCAAAUCAGGAACCCUUGGUGAUCAACUGCAAACCAUCCAGAGAUCUUGCAAGUGCUCCUGGUUGGGGAACACUGGCUGGCAGCAGCUGUCUAGUGCUUCAGUCAGAGAGUCAUUCCCAGAGGUACUGAGGAUUGAACCUGGGCCCUUCUGCAUGCAAGGCAGGUGCUCCACCACAGAGCCAGGGCACUUUCCUUAGCACACAGGAGAACUGGAAGCUACCUGAAGCAGAUAAUGGUUCAUCUAGCACAUCAUUGUCUGCACUGACCAGCAGUGGUUCUCCAGGGUUUUACGGUGGAGUCUUCCUGGAGGUACCAAGGCUUGGGCUCCUGGGACCUUCUGCAUGCAAAUCCAGUGCUCUACCUCCAAGCUACAGUCUUUCCUCCUCCAAGGUCUCUCGAAAUUCAGCAGCAUGGAAUGCAAUUCAUCUCAGCCUUAGUGCACAUGCAUGCAGAUGCAUGAGCACUAAGGUCCCGUGCAGAGGACAGGUUGGCACCUCACAGAAUGGAGCUGGUGACAUAGAUUCCAAGCUGUCAACAUCACCGCAGUGUGUAGGACCGGCGUGCUUUUCUUGUGCACCUUCAACAGCAGCAGCAAAAAGGAACACCUGCUCGUCUUUUGGAUUAAUGGGAGAAAGACAAUUGUAGAAUCAAGGAACAGAGAAUGUGGAGAAACAGCAGUAUUUGGAGCAUAGCAAUCUGUAAUAAUACGGCAGGUGGUGAGUUUUAAUAGGCAACAAAGAGAAACCCAAUUUUGUUUGUGAUUUAACGAGAAGCUUCUUAAUCGCACUUCUUCUCAAACCAGUAUGUGAUCUGGUGCGCAGAAUACCCUUCGAAAUUUGCCCUUCUACGAAUUUUGCAAUGCAGUACUCCAACCGAUGUGUACAAAAAACGCAUAUCUUAGGAAGGAGGCUUGGAAAUGUAUAUAUUUGUGGAAGUAACCUACAAAAAUACAUUAGAUCAGGGGACGUAGCUUGCAAAAAAAUGUGUAUAUUAAUCAAAAACGGCACACACACAAAAGUAUUUAUUAGAAGACAGUAAUUCAAAAAUGCUGAUGGAUUUUCCGUGAGGAUUUUUAAAUUAUUAUUUUGCAAUAAAGAAAUAAAUCGCGAAUUGCUGCGGAAAUGUGACAGACUGAAUGUAUGAUUGAAACAUUGAAAAGCAGAGAAACCUAGAAUGGGCUGAUAUCUCCAUCCCCAUGGAGGGGUGAGGCGGAAUCCCUUGGGAUGAGGCUGGGGGUGUUACAUGAGUUCCUAUUAUUAUUAUUAUUAUUAUUUUCUGCAAAAUGUUGAAUGGCAUGAAGAUAUACCUUGGAGUUCUCUGCAACAGAGCAGGGACCUCCCUGCACUUCUUCAGUGCCCGGAAAGAAAUAACAAAAAAAAUUGCCAUCUCAGUAACUGUCUAGGUGAGGCUCCCUGUGUAAUGCUCAGGUUGCCUCAGAACAAUGCAAAGUGUUGGGGUGAAAUCUCAGCAAAUUGGGGCUGACUCCUCAAGACUUUUCUGGCAGGGAUGUUGCCUAGCAGUCGGCUGCUGUGAUUUCAUUGCGAUCUAACAGUACCAUUGAUUCGUAUAAUAUGCCAGGCCUGGGAAAGUGAUGGUUUGCUCUUCCCAAGCUACAUGGAUUAUGCAACACAGGGGCGAGACUAUCUUUCCAUCAAAGUGCAUCAUUGCGCUUUUUACAUAAUACGGGCAAGGGGGCUAUAACCUGGAGAACACAGGAGCUGGUGGCAAUGCAGAGCAGAUUACAGUUGCUUAUCACUGCUGAUACGUUUCUCGUGGUUCGCGUUGUCAUGAUAAUGAUAGAGAAGGUUCAGGACAAGAGACAACCAUUUCAAAUUCUUUACUGUGUGAGGCAGGGUUAGGGUGGGGUGGAGGAAGGCUUCUCAGCCUCGUUUAAAAAUCUUGCCCUUGGAUAUAUGCACUGGAGAACUCAAUCCAAAAUGCCCAAGAAUAUGAAACUGCUAAAAUAAAGCCUAGCUGGACAGCAUUUUGCUGUGGUCAUUUUGGAACCUCUCUGGGAAACUGCUGUUGACAUUAGCAAAGCUGUGUUCGCAAUGUUACCAAUGCAAUGGAGGUGGGUGGGAGGGAGAGAAGAGGGGGAGAAAAUGUGCCUUUGGUGUGCAUAGCUAGCACAUAGAGCCAUUUUUGUGGCUUCUGAUUACAGUCACACUGUGUGGCAUUGAGGAGCGAGUUGUUUGUUACCCACAAACAGGUGUAAUGAGGCUGUGAUUGUUCAUUUUUAAAUGAAAAGCAGCUGCUGGGGGCUGCAAUUCUGAGCAGAUAAGAAGUGUGCUUAACCCUUUCUUUGCAAGCCGUGUUUGCACUUCAUCUUCCAGCUAACAUCCCACUCCUCACCGCCCUGUGGGCUUGCAGAUUCUAAAUGUGUGAUUACUCAGGGCUUCCCCAGAUCGACCUGAGAUUUAUUUAUUUAAUCUAGAGAUUUCUGUGCUGUAACGAAUCCUGGCUUCAUCAGCUAGUGAGCACUAGGGUGACAUAAAAUGCUCUCACCCUGCUCCCACUGUGGUUCAUAUCCGGCUCUUCAGUUCUGGUUAUGCCAAGCCACAGUUUCCCAUGACGUUCAACACAAGAAAAUGCCGGCGGUGUCUGUUUACAAGCUGAGAUCUGAAAUCUGGUUCAGACUAUGCCAUCUAAUCUUGGAGAUGUCUGAGAGUGUUGGAUUGUAAAUCUGGGAGCUGCCAUUUUUACAAUCCACAGGGCACCCAAUAUAGUGUCGCUCUGAGGUAUUGUGGGAAAUUGAAAUGUUGGCUCUUUGUGGACCAGAGCUGAUCAGAGCUUUGCGGAUGUUGCUGCAGCCAGGCGAGUCAACUGAGGGCCACCACAAAGGAGAGUGUCCAAUGAUGUAGGAAGGGGCUCAAUGGAAGGCAAUUUGCUGGUGAGGUGUGCCACACCUUGGAACUGGCUCUGGUGAGAACAGCAACCAUUCCUCAUUGUUUUUGCUAACCCUACCACCACCACCACAAGAGCUGGUAGAUUGCCUUCUCAGUCUGGGGGUUCUAUUGUUAUUUCCACUCCUAACAACCAUCGAUUCACUUUUUGGUGACACACCAUAUGUUUAAAAGCACACAGAUUUCCCCAAAGAAAGGAACUGUAGUAUACCCCUCUCAGAGCUACCAUUUCCAUUUUACAGUUCUCAGGAUUAAACUCAUGCGCUUUAAAUGUGCUCUCGAUAUACAAUGUGUACGCAGCCUUCCUCCAUGAGAUCUUCUCGGAGUAAACAACUGAUGGUGAAUCUCUCCCAAAAUAACUGCCCAGCCAACUGUGUUUUGAUGGUGAUGCUUUUAUAGAAUCAUAGAACUGUAGAGUCAGAUGGGAGCCAAUGGGUUGUCUAGUCUGACCCCUGCAAUGCAGGAACCACAGCUGAAGAAUCCCUGACAGGCAGCCAUCCAACCUCUGCUUAAAAACCUCCAAGGAAGGAGUGUCCACCAAGUCCCAAAGGAGUCCAUUCCACCGUUCAACAGCUCUCACCAUCAGAAAGUGACUCCUAAUGUUUAGCUGGAAUCUCCUUUCUUGCCAUUUGAAUCCAUCAGUUUGGGUCCCCUCUGGAGCAGCUUGAAACAAGCUUGCUCCACCUUCCAUGGGACGGCCCAUCAGAUAUUUGAAGGUGGCUAUCCAAUUACCUCUCAGUCUUCUCCUCUCCAGGCUAAACAUACUCAACUCCCUCAACUAUAAUAAUAAUAUUAUAAUAAUUUAUUAUUUAUACCCCGCCCAUCUGGCUGGGUUUCCCCAGCCACUCUGGGAGGCUUCCAACAGAAUAUUAAAAACACAAUAAAACAUCAAACAUUAAAAACCUCCCUAAACAGAGCUGCCUUCAGAUGUCUUCUAAAAGUCAGAUAGUUGUUUAUUUCCUUGACAUCUGGUGGGAGGGCGUCCCACAGGGUGGGCGCCACUACUGAGAAAGCCCUCUGCCUUGUUCCCUGUAACCCCACUUCUCGCAAUGAGGGAACCGCCAGAAGGCCCUCGGUGCUGGACCUCAGUGUCCUGGCUGAACGAUGGGGGUGGAGACACUCCUUCAGGUAUACUGGGCUAAGGCCAUUUAGGGCUUUAAAGGUCAGCACCAACACUUUGAACUGUGCUUGGAAACGUACUGGGAGCCAAUGUAGGUCCGGUGUUACAUGGUCUCGGUGGCCGCUCCCAGUCACCAAUCUAUCUGCUGCAUUCUGGAUUAACUGUAGUUUCCAGGUCACCUUCAAAGGUAGCCCCACGUUGAGCACAUUGCAGUAGUCCAAGCGGAAGAUAACCAGAGCAUGCACCACUCUGGCAAGACAGUCUGUGGGCAGGUAGGCUCUCAGCCUGCAUACCAGAUGGAGCUGGUAGACAGCUGCCCUGGACACAGAAUUGACCUGCACCUCCAUGGACAUCUGUGAGUCCAAAUGACUCCCAGGCUGCACACCUGGUCCUUCAGGGGCACAGUUACCCCAUUCAGGACCAGGGAGUCCCCCACAUUCAGGACCAGUUGAGUCCCUUCAGCUGUUCCUAAUGAGGCUUGGCUUCCAGUGCCUUGAGCAGUCCUCUGCACACCUUCCGGCUUGUCAUUCUCAUCCUUAAACUAUGGUGCCCAGAACUGGACACAGGUGGGCUCUGACCAAGGCAAAAUAGAGUGGUACUAUUAAUUCCCUUGCUCUGGACACUCGACUUCUGUUGAGUUAGCCUAGAAUGGCAUUAGCUUUCUUUUGCUGCUGCAUCACACUGUUGACUCACUAUGAGAACAGCUGUUCUCGGCUUCAUUUCACAUAGUGAUCAUUUUGAACCUUGUAGCAUUGUUAGUGGGAACCCCUGAAAUUUUGCCUGCUUUGCAAAUCUGUGCUAUUAUUUGACCAGUCUCCUUUCAGCUCCUCCUGUCCUCAGAGAGACAUUCAGCAGGAGCUCAACUCUUUAAAAGAUGGUAGCAGGCGGGUGAAAUGGUUUGCUGCUCCUGGUUUGCAUAAUGAAGCUUUUGGGAGCCUGGCCAAGGCUUCCUGUUUUAUAUAUUUCAUGAAAUUUAUAAAUUGCUUCAUUGUAAAAACAAAACAAACAAAAAACCGCCUCGGAGUGGCUUACAAAAGAUAAAACAGUAAAAUCAAUUGGGGGUGGGAUACAACCUUGUUGUUGUUGUUCUUUAGUCGUUUAGUUGUGUCUGACUCUUCAUGACCCCAUGCAGUGGUGUAGCGUGGGUUGUCAGCACCCGGGGCAAGGCAAGUAAUUUGCGCCCCCUAACCCGUGGAUUUUAGUAGGGGCAGAGAGCUGCGAGUGUGACAGCGCCCCCCCCAGAUGUUGCGGCCGGUGCGGCCGGCCCCCCUGCACCCCCCACGCUACGCCACUGACCCCAUGGACCAGAGCACGCCAGGCACUUCUGUCUUCCACUGCCUCCCGCAGUUUGGUCAAACUCAUGCUGGUAGCCUCGAGAACACCGUCCAACCAUCUCGUCCUCUGUCGUCCCAUUCUCCUUGUGCCCUCACUCUUUCCCAACAUCAGGGUCUUUUCCAGGGAGUCUUCUCUUCUCAUGAGGUGGCCAAAGUAUUGGAGCCUCAGCUUCAGGAUCUGUCCUUCCAGUGAGCACUCAGGGCUGAUUUCCUUAAGAAUGGAGAGGUUUGAUCUUCUCGCAGUCCAUGGGACUCUCAAGAGUCUCCUCCAGCACCAUAAUUCAAAAGCAUCAAUUCUUUGGCGAUCAGCCUUCUUUAUGGUCCAGCUCUCACUUCCAUACAUCACUACUGGGAAAACCAUAGCUUUAACUAAACGGACCUUUGUUGGCAAGGUGAUGUCUCUGCUUAAAACAUACAAAAGUUGAACUAGUAAAACAGAUUAGAAUUGCCCCAGCUUUCUAAGCAUCUUGGCUGCAGACAGCGUGAGUUUUGGAGCCUUUGCUCUCCCCCACCCCCUACAAACACUAUGCCAUGGGUCAGCAAACUUUUUCAGCAGGGGGCCAGUUCACUGUCCCUCAGACCUUGUGGGGGGCCGGACUAUAUUUUGAGGGGGGAAAUGAACAAAUUCCUAUGCUCCACAAAUAACCCAGAGAUGCAUUUUAAAUAAAAGCACACAUUCUACUCAUGUAAAAACAUGCUGAUUCCCAGACCGUCCAUGGGCUGGAUUGAGAAGGCGAUUGGGCCGGAUCCGGCCCCCCGGCCCAUAGUUUGCUGACCCCUGCACUGUGCCCUUUUCCAAACAGAUUGCUGGUUAUAACAUACACUCCAGGUGUCCUCAUUGAGCGAGGGCAUCCCCUCUUCCUGGCUCCCUGUUUCCAAAUAAAUCACGAUUAUUCCCUUGGAGGUUGUUUUGAGCACAUGCCAAAUGUUGUUUAUUUGCUGAUGGAGGCCAUAACGUUUUCGAAGACCGGUUGCUAGAAACUGCAAGAGGAGAGAGAGUGUCUUUGCAAUCGGGUCCUGCUUGCAAGUUUCCCACAGCAUCUUGCUGGCCACUGUGAGAACGGGAUGCUGGACUAGAUGGCCCCUCAUUGGCCUGAUCCAGCAGGGUCCUUUUCAGUUCUUAAUGCUUCUGAGUAUCAGCUGCUGGAGACUGCAGGAGGGGAAAGUGCUCUUGCAUCUGGGUCCUGCUUUGGGGCACCUGGGUGGCCACUGUGAAGACUAGAUACUGAGCAGGAUGGGACCUUGGCCUGAUCCAGCAGGCGGAAUGGAAAUCUGAGAAGAAUGGAACGGCAGGUUUCUUGAAAGGGGAUGUUCCGCACUGGGUUCUGAAGCAGGGCAUGCAAAUUAGUCACCCCUAACAUAAAGUUUCAUCUCACAAUGGAUCUGGAUGUGCUUUUCACAGAACAGCUGCAGCUUGGAACAUAUUCAGCUACAUUUAUUAUCUGGAGUGGGCUGGAAAAGAGGCUCAGGCACACGGCAUCCUGUCUGUCUGUCUGUCUGUCUGUGCACAUUCCUGCAAAGUUAAUUUUUUUUAAUAAUAAAAAAUGUGUAUUCAAAUAUGGGGACAAGGGGUAUCAUAGGGAAAGGGGCUUGUUCUUUUGAAGUAUGGCAUGUUUGCAUGCUGGAUAUUGCUUUUGUGGAUAGCUCAGUCGGUUAGUGUGUAGUGCGGAUAACUCCAAGGUCACAGGAUCAAUCCCCCUAAGGGACAUCUGCAUAUUCCUACAUUGCACGAGGUUGGACUAGAUGAUCCUCAGGGUCCCUUCCAACUCUACAAUUCUAUGAUUCUAUUAAAUAACUGGAUACGAAUAAGAUUUUGCUUUGCAAGCAGCAGCAGCCAUUUUUAUUUAUUUGUUGCAUAACAUUUAUACACCACUCAAUAGUGUGGUUUACAAAAAAGAUAAAACAAUAAAAAUAUCAAUAAGAAAAAAUAACAACAAUGAUUUAAGACUUAAGUUAAAAUAACAAUAAACUAAAAGAAACAACUCACAUCUGAGUACGCUUGUCUAAACAAAAUCGUUUUUAGCAGGCACUGAAAAGAAACCAGUGAAGGCACCUGCCUGAUGUCAAUAGGCCGGGAGGCUUGAAAAUGCUGGGUUCAAGUCUCCCUCUGUUGGGCUGCUUGGCACAAAAUAGCUUGUUCAUCGCAAAAAAAGGCAGGGAAAAUAAUCCCACAAAUGAGAAUUUUAUACAGAGAAGUGUGGAGAGGGCAGGACUAUAGCUUAGGGGGAAAGCAUCCAUCUUGAAUGCAGAAAGUAUGAGGUUCACUUCCUGGUGUCUCCAGAAAGGGCUGGGAGAGAGUCUUGCUUGAAACCAAGGAGAGAUUCUGCCAGUCAACACUGAACUGGAUGGACCAGUGGUCUGACCUGGAGUAAGGCAGCUUCCUAUAUUAAAACUUGUGUCUGUAUCUUGUAUCGUAUUCUUUGCACUGCCCUGAGCUUUUGGGACGAUGGGUGGCAUAGGUGCCAACUCCCUGGUCCCCUGGGUGCCUGAGCACCCACAAAAUUCCCCAUGAAGGGGCCGGGCACCCACAAAUUUUGGUGCCAGGGCCAUGCACACUGCAUGGCACCCACAGCCCUGGGCACCCACAGUUGCAGAGCCAAGUUGGCACUCCUGACGGACAGUAUAUAAAUUUAAGAAAUACAUUAAAAAACAGGGUUGGGUUUAGAUUAGUCUCAUUGAGAGCAGUCCCACUGAAAUCAAUUUGCCUCACUUAAGACCUCUUGGUUUAUGUAAGUCACUAAAGGACCACAGCUCAGUGGUAGAGCACCUGCUUUGCAUGCAGAAAGUCCCAAGCUGACAUCUCCAAGUAGGUCUAGGAAGGACUCUUACCUGGACAGCUGCUGCCAGUCAGUGUAGGCAAUACUAAUCUAGGUGAACCAGCAAUCUGACUCAGCAUAAGGCACCUUCUUAUGUUCCAAUGUGCAAGCAUGGCUAACAAUGCAAUCUUAACCACGUCUGCUCAGAAGUAUAUCCCAUUUGAAUUCAGUGGGUUACUUGCAGGUAAGGGGACGUGGGUGGCGCUGUGGGUUAAACCACAGAGCCUAGGGCUUGCCGAUCAGAAGGUCGGCGGUUCGAAUCCCCACGACGGGGUGAGCUCCCGUUGCUCGGUCCCUGCUCCUGCCAACCUAGCAGUUCCAAAGCACGUCAAAGUGCAAGUAGAUAAAUAGGUACCGCUCCGGCGGGAAGGUAAAUGGCAUUUCCAUGCGCUGCUCUGGUUCGCCAGAAGCGGCUUAGUCAUGCUGGCCACAUGACCCGGAAGCUGUACGCCGGCUCCCUUGGCCAAUAAAGCGAGAUGAGCGCCACAACCCCAGAGUCGGCCACGACUGGACCUAAUGGUCAGGGGUCCCUUUACCCUUUACCUUUACUUGCAGGUAAUUGGAUCCUCAGCCUGGAUCCAAUUUACCGAGGAGAAUUUAGAAGAGGUCUUUUGGAAAUAAAUCCCUCCUUCUCUUCUCCAUGACCCACACCACGUCCGUACCUUCUGGGGGGGGGUGAUGCUACUUGGACCUGGAGGUUCCUGUCUGAGAAACCUCACUGCUCUACAUCCACAUCAUGCCUGGUGGGUAAAGAAAAUGAAUUUGCAUUUCCCUGGUCCUCCUGGGGUGAUUUACAGCUCUGGACACCGCAGGAGAUAAGGGUAGAUCAAAGUCCAAUGCGUCGCAGCCCAGGUAAAUAGAAAUCGAGCGCAGCUGGUAAUCGAGAUGGAAUUCUAGUUCUCUUUGCAGGAAAGGACAUGUGUAGGUCUGGGCAGAGAUGCUCAAUGGAAAUGAUUGUUAUUCAGAAAGAAAAAAAUUGCACUAGGCCAGUGUUUGUCAACCCGAUACCCUCCAGGUGUUUUGGGAGGCAACCUCUAUCAGCCCCAGCCAAAUAAAUGGUCGUGCUGAUGGGUCCAAAAUAUCUUGUUCCCCCCAUACUCUGUAAUAUCUACCGCAUUUUUUGCUCUAUAAGACUCACUUUUUCCCUCCUAAAAAGUAAGGGGAAAUGUGUGUGCGUCUUAUGGAGCAAAUGCAGGCUGCGUGGCUAUCCCAGAAGCCAGAACAGCAAGAGGGAUUGCUGCUUUCACUGCGCAGUGAUCCCUCUUGCUGUUCUGGCUUCUGAGAUUCAGAAUAUUUUUUUUCUUGUUUUCCUCCUCCCAAAACUAGGUGCGUCUUGUGGUCUGGUAUGUCUUAUAGAGCGAAAAAUACGGUAUAUGAAUCCUCCGGAAAAUGACAUCCAAGGAUUUGGAGCAUAAGAACAAUAAGAAGAGCCUACAGGAUCAGGCCAAUGGCCCAUCUAGCCCAGCAUCUGGUCAACCAGAUGCCCCCAAAGGGAAACUCGCUAGCAGGACCUGGGAGCAACAGCACCUUGCCCCUCCUGUGGCUUCCAGAAACUGGCACUUAGAAGCAUUACUGCCUCAACUGUGCAAGGAGAGCAAAGUCAUUGUGGCUAGCAGCCCUUGAGAGCCUUCCAUGAAUUUGUUUAAUCCUCUUUGAAAGCCAUCCAAGUUGGUGGUCCUCACUGCCUCCUGUGGCAGUGAGUUCCAUAGUUUAACUAUGCAUUGGGUGAAGAAAUCUUUCUUUUAGCUGUCCCGAAUCUUCUAACAUUCAGCCUCGUGAGAUGUCCAUGAGGUUUAGUUUUUAAGACUGGGGCAGAAAAGUGAGAACAUGAAAGCACUAUACAGUCGUAUCUUGGGUCCCAAAUGCCUUGCGAGUUGAACGUUUUGGCUCCCAAACCCCGCAAACCUGGAAGUGGGUGUUGCGGUUUGCAAACAUUCUUUGGAACCCAAACUUCCUACGUGGGUUCCACGGCUUCCAAUUGGCUGCAGGAGCUUCCUGCAGCCACUCAGAAGCCGCGCCUUUGUUUCUGAACGUUCUGGAAGUCGAACAGCCUUCCGGAACGGAUACCGUUUGACUUCCAAGGUACCACUGUACUGGCCGCCUGUCGGUUGUCCAGAACUGGUGUUAUUUAGAAGCGCCAGUUGCUUGACCCUCACAAGCAAUUGAGCUGCGGCAUCUCAGCCAUCUUCAAGGACAGCCCCACGGAGAUUGCACUGCGGCAGUCUAGCCUGCAUGUGACCAGAACACAUGCAACUGUGGCAAGGUCCAUCUUCUUUAAACGAGGUUUAAACAGUUGACAAGUCAUCCUCAGUGGAUAAAAGGGUUUUAUUGUGGCCACAAGAGGCAAAAAAAAUUGUAAGGAUCUCUGUGGUGGUGCCCAGGGGAAUUGUGCAAUUACACCAGGAGUAAACUUAUGGAGUGCAAUGUAGCUGCUUUUUUUGAUGCAAAAUAACAAAACAGAAGCUUUGGGCUGCAAAGAAGAAACAAAGGAGGGAAGAGAUUUCUGGAGACCCAGAGGGCAGAGGGAGCUUCAACUGAUCUUCACUGGAGACGCCUCCGGCGGUGUUUGGAGAAUGGGAAAAAACGCCCUCAGCAUAGCAAAAUGUUUGUAGCUGGAGGGGAGAGGAGGAGAACAUAUCUUCCCAUAAAUGCAAUCUUUUCUCCUCUGCUUUUUCUUAUUAUGUUUAGAGGGCUCUGUUUAUAUUUAUUGAGUGGGCUGUCAAAGCUUCUCCAACGGCUGCUGUGAAUCAGAGCUCGGCUGGUGCACCUUCAGAUCUAGGCCCAAAGAGGAGGCAGCUGCCAUAAAUGGGGGGUGGGGAUGUGCCUGGCAUCUCCACUAGGAAUGAUAGCAGUGGGAAGAGAGUGCCAGCCUCACUAAAGAGGCACUGGGGGGAGAGCCAUAGCUCAGUGGUUGGAGCACCUGCCUUGCUUUUAGAAGGUCCCAGGUGCUACCCUUGACAUCUCCAGGUAAGGCUUGGAGAGUUUCCUGACAUCAACCCUGCCUGAAACUCUAAUUAAUUACUUGUUUUAAUUUUAUUUUGCAAACCACCCUGAGAUCUUAUGAUACAAAAUAUAUAAAUAUAAUUAACAUCAACAACAACAAUAAUAGCAACCCUAGAGUGCUGCUGCCAGACCAAUGUUCUGACUCAGUCUAUACCAACUUCCUACGUUCCUAUUUAAUUCAGUCCUUUAAAAAAGAAGAAGAAGAAGAACCAUGAGGACUAGAAUCUUAAUUUAUGUUUAGGGAAAGAGUCAUAACUCAGCCAUAGAGCCUCUGCUUUGCGUGUGGAAGGUUCCAAGUUCAAUCACUGGCAUCUCCAGGUUAAGCUGAGAAAGACGCCCCGCCUGAAACCUGGGCAGCUGCUGCUGGUCCGUCCUGGCAAUACUGAGCUAGGUGGACCAAGGACUGACUCAGCAUGAGGCAGUUUCCUGUGUUCCCUUUCCUUUUGCCAAAUGCACCAGUCAUUGGUUAGAAAACUGAUGGGGCCUUGAUGAAAACUGUCUUGCCUUCCCACCCGUUAAAACCAAAAUCACCCCCCUCUUGUUGUUUUGUUGUUUAGUCAUUUAGUCGUGUCCAACUCUUCGUGACCCCAUGGACCAGAGCACGCCAGGCACCCCUGUCUUCCACUGCCUCCUGCAGUUUGGUCAAACUCAUGCUGGUAGCUUCGAGAACACUGUCCAACCAUCUCGUCCUCGGUCGUCCCCUUCUCCUUGUGCCCUCCAUCUUUCCCAACAUCAGGGUCUUUUCCAGGGAGUCUUCUCUUCUCGUGAGGUGGACAAAGUCUUGGAGCCUCAGCUUCAGGAUCUGUCCUUCCAGUGAGCACUCAGGGCUGAUUUCCUUCAGAAUGGAUAGGUUUGAUCUUCUUGCAGUCCAUGGGACUCUCAAGAGUCUCCUCCAGCACCAUAAUUCAAAAGCAUCAAUUCUUUGGUGAUCAGCCUUCUUUAUGGUCCAGCUCUCACUUCCAUACAUACUUCCAUACACCCCCCUCUACAGCCUUCUAAAAACUGUAUCUAAAAACUGGGGUUAUAUACAAAAGCGCAGGUGCCCAGCCCUCCCUCCACCUGCAUUUUUUGCAUGGACUUCACUUUGCUUUUCCUGCUGUGCAGGCUGAUUGAGACCUGGACAAUUUGGGGUCUGCUUAAGAUCAGUUCAGAGGAACUUAAUGGCUUGUGUUACUCUUUGAGCCUACAGGGAAGAGGUUUCUGGCUUCUACAUUUGCAGUGCAAUCCCAGUUUAAGAAUUGCUGCAUUUGAUAUAAAACAGGGUGGUUCUCCCCCCCCCCCACACACAGUAAGCUUCAAGGACCGCCAAAUUUGCUCUGUCUGACUGUCUCUGAAGUUUCCGUACAUACCGAGGGAAUUCCUGGCAGCAAAGGGACAUUGCUCUCUUGGGAUUCAUUAUUCCUCCCUUAUCAGUUCCAUUGAAUUACCAGGGUGAACAGGAUCCACACCACAGGUGGUGUAGACAUCUGGAAUCUAGAUCAGAGAGAGAUUCCAAUGCCCAUUAGCCUCAAGGAAGCAUGACCCAAUGAUCAGAGAUAAUGUUAGUUAGUUAGUUAGUUAGUUAGUUAGUUAGUUAGUUAGUUAACAGAAUUUAUAUCCCACUUGAUUGUUACGUAACCUCUAAGCAGUUUACAGGAAAUGUUAAAAUUAAAAGUUGUUGUUGUUUAGUCAUUUAGUCGUGUCCGACUCAAGGACACAAAACAAGUGAAGAUCACACCACCCUUUGCAUGGAACCAGGUUGUUGCUGUGGUUUAGUUGUUCAGUCGUGUCCGACUCUUCGUGACCCCAUGGACCAGAGCACGCCAGGCACUCCUGUCUUCCACUGCCUCCUGCAGUUUGGUAAAACUCACGUUAGUAGCUUUGAGAACACUGUCCAACCAUCUCGUCCUCUGUCGUCUCCUUCUCCUUGUGCCCUCCAUCUUUCCCAACAUAAGGGCCUUUUCCAGGGAGUCUUCUCUUCUCAUGAGGUGGCCAAAGUACUGGAGCCUCAGCUUCAGGAUCUGUCCUUCCAGUGAGCACUCAGGGCUGAUUUCCUUCAGAAUGGAUAGGUUUGAUCUUCUUGCAGUCCAUGGGACUCUCAAGAGUCUCCUCCAGCACCAUAAUUCAAAAGCAUCAAUUCUUUGGCGAUCAGCCUUCUUUAUGGUCCAGCUCUCACUUCCAUACAUCACUAUUGGGAAAACCAUGGCUUUAACUAUACGGACCUUUGUCGGCAAGGUGAUGUCUCUGCUUUUUAAGAUGCCGUCUAGGUUUGUCAUCCCUUUAAAAGUACUUUCCCCAACAAACCAGAGUCCUUUCUGUUGGGGAUAAUUCAGACUGAAAUUCCCAGGUGUCAAAAAAGGUUAUGUAUGUAUGCUACUACUGUGGCCUAUGUUUUGUUAGCCCAAAAAUGGAAAACGAGCAAGGUCCUAAACUAAAGAAGAAUGGCAAAUUAAGUUAAGAGAAUAUGCACAACUCACAGACUUAACUUAUAGAAUAAGAGAACAAGAAGAACAUACAUGUAAAGAAGACUGGAAAACGUUUAUUGAAUAUAUGGGAAAUAAUUGUGUACAGCUGAAAAUGCUGAUAGCAUUAAGAUAAAUCCAACAGUGUAAACAAGUUUUGAUGGAUGCAAUAAUGGAAUACUGAAUAGUAUAGUUUCUGUAAAAUAUGCAGGGAUUUAUGGUAUGUAAAAUGAACCAUGAAAAGAAAAGAAGGGAAGUCAUUGAUAUUUUAAGGAUAUAAAAUGAGUAUUUUAAAUUGUAAAACAGAAAACUUAAUAAAAUUAUAUUCACAAAGAAGGAAAUGUUAAAAUUAGCAGUAAAAAGAGUUUAAAACAAUUCAAAAUGUUUAAAAAUAUAAAAAAUAACAGUAAAAGGGCUUAAGCCACAUCAGCACCUAUGUGUCUGGAUAGGCUAGCCUAAACAGAAAUGUUUCAGGCAGACUCUGAAGGUGCCCCUCUGAUAUCAAUGUGCAGGGAGUUCCGAAGUGUGGGUUCUGCCACACUAAAAGACCCGCAAGUAAACUGGUCCCAAGCCAUUAAGGGCUUUAUAUACUAAGAGUUGGGGUCCCUUCCAACUCUACAAUUCUAUCAUUCCUUCAGGGGCAGCACAACUCUGCCCAGGGCAGGUAAUUAACCAACUGAGGAUGGGAGUUGUAUUCCAGAUACACCUGGAAUACAACUCCCAUCCUGUACCUGGAGGGGUACAGUUUCCCAUCUCUGCUUUAACUGAAGCCACAGACCAUGCUCUGUAAGUGAGUAUCUGCUGGACCAAGCCAAGAUUAUGUCGCACUUCAGGCAUCAGACCUAUUUCCACCAUAUCCUCUUGUGUCUCGCAGUAAUGCCAUUACUCCAUUGAACGAUGGAACUCACACCUGUAGGAAGCAGUGACAGCCACCAACUUGGAUGGCUUAAAAAGAGGACUGGACAAUUUCAUGGAGGAGAGGGCUAUCGAUGGCUACUAGCCAUCAUGGCUAUGCUCUGCCUCCAAAGUCAGAGGCAGAAAUGCUUCUGAAAACCAGUUGUUGAAAGCCACCGGAGGGGAGACAGGAACCACAAGCUGUGUGUGAUGGGUGGGUGCCAGCUUCUGCUCAGGUGGAGGAUGAGAAGGGCCUGAGAAACAGAUCGUCAGGUCUGCUGCCUGCUCCCUGGCUCAACAACUUAGAUAGGGUUGCCAUAUGUCCAGAAAACACUGAAAUGUCCAGCAGCCCAACAACUUCUGUGCUUGGAUCAUGAAAUAUGGCAACACUAACUUUAGAGCAAAGAUGGAGAACCUGCAACCUUCCAGAUGUGUGUGUGUGUUUGAAUUAUUUUUUUUUAAAUUUUCAGUUUUACAAACAAUAACAAUGAAAGAAAUGAAAUACAAACAUCAUAUCCCUUUUUACUUUCCUCUGCCUCCCCCUUUUGUGGAUCUUUAUGUUUUAAUUUUCACUCUGCAUCUCAUCACUAACUUCAAUUAUUAUAAGUCCUUAAUCAAUCCAUAGUUCAAAUUUUUACUACAAGAUUUCUGUUGACUCUAACUAAUGAAGGUAAUUGCUUGGCAUAAUUUUUGCAGCCUUCUAGGUGUUGUUGAACUCCAGCUCCCAUAAGCCCCAGCCAGUAUGACCAACAGUCAGAGAUGAUGAGAAUUGUAGUCCAAAGACACUCAGAAGGCCAUACAUUCCCCACACUUGAUGUAGAUGUUUAGACACUACCUGAGAGGUCCAGCCUGCACCUCCACCAUUCCUCUCUCUUUCUUCCUCAGGUUGCUUCUCAGCUAGGGAUAGUGGAACAGACCUUCUCUCUCCCGCUCCAGCCCCACUUCCCCAUUCCCCAUAACUGCCACCGCAUCCUUGAGCCUCCACUGGGUCUGUCACGGCAGAUCAGUGGUGGUCAAAAUAAAGGGCUACCCUUGUAUAGAGGGCUGGUUGCUUCCUGUAAAAUCCAUCACAUGGGACAAAUGUCCCCAUUGUCCAACGCCCAAGGGACCUCUUUUCCGUUGACAACAAUUGCUUUGAAUAAAGAAGAUAGAUGGGGGUCAGUUUAAAAGAGUUUUGCUGCCUCUGGUGUUCAUGGUGUAGAACUGCACUAUGGUGUUCCAGCUCUGGAGGACUCGGUUAAAGUCGAUUAAUGAAGAGUCAUUCUGGUCCGAGUGCAUGUAUCUAUUAUGCAUACAUGCAAAUACAUAGAUGACUGAUAAGAGAUAAGUGAAAAGCUUCUGGGAAAUGAUAUAUAAUGAGAUGAAAAAGAUGUUGAAAUAUACAUUUAUUAAAAGAAACCAGAAGCAUUUCUACUAGGCAUUGUAGGUGAGGAUAUUAAUAGACAAGAUAAUAAAAUGUUUUUAUAUGUGACAACGGCUGCAAGUGUACUAUUGGCACAGAAAUGGAAACAAGAAGAAUUACCGACGAAAGAAGAAUGGCAGACGAAAUUAAUGGACUAUGCAGAAUUGGAUAAGAUGACAGGAAGGAUUCGAAAUCAGCGGGAUCAGAGGUUCUCAGAAGAUUGUAGUAAAUAUGUGAACUAUUUGAAAAGCAACUGUAAUCAACAGAUUACACUAGUAGGACUACAAGAAGUUUUGUAAGGAGGACUUUGUGAAAUAUUGCAGAGAAAAUUUAUGAAUAGAAUUAUAAGUUAAGGACUAUUAAAAGUAAUAGUGAACUUAAUGAAAUGCAGAUUAAGUGAUAAGGACUGAAAAAAAUAUUCAGAUGUAGUUGAUGGAAGUCCAAAAUGUUGUAUAAGAAAAUAUGCUAUAUGUUGGAAAUUAUAUCUAAAAAUCAAUAAAAAAAUUAUUUUUUUAAAAAAAAGAUGACUGAUAAGAUAGAUGAUAUAGAUAGAUAGAUAGAUAGAUAGAUAGAUAGAUAGAUAGAUAGAUGAUAGAUAGAUAGAUAGAUGAUAGAUAGAUGAUAGAUAGAUAGAUAGAUAGAUAGAUAGAUAGAUAGAUAGAUAGAUGAUAGAUAGAUAGAUGAUAGAUAGAUAGAUAGAUGUUGUUGUUGCUGUUUAGUCGUUUAGUCGUGUCCGACUCUUUGUGAUCCCCUGGACCAGAGCACGCCAGGCACUCCUGUCUUCCACUGCCUCCCGCAGUUUAGUCAAACUCAUGCUGGUAGCUUCGAGAACUCUGUCCAACCAUCUCGUCCUCUGUCGUCUCCUUCUCCUUGGGCCCUCCAUCUUUCCCAACAUCAGGGUGUUUUGCAGGGAGUCUUCUCUUCUCAUGAGGUGGCCAAAGUAUUGGAGUCUCAGCUUCAGGAUCUGUCCUUCCAGUGAGCACUCAGGGCUGAUUUCCUUAAGAAUGGAUAGGUUUGAUCUUCUUGCAGUCCAUGCAGUCUCCUCCAGAACCAUAAUUCAAAAGCAUCAAUUCUUCGGCGAUCAGCCUUCUUUAUGGUAUUCUCUCUCUCUCUCUCUCUCUCUCUCUCUCUAUCUCUCUAUAUCUAGAUAGAUGAUAGAUAGAUAGAUAGAUGAUAGAUAGAUAGAUAGAUAGAUAGAUAGAUAGAUAGAUAGAUAGAUGAUAGAUAGAUGAUAGAUAGAUAGAUAGAUAGAUAGAUAGAUGAUAGAUAGAUAGAUAGAUAGAUAGAUAGAUAGAUAGAUAGAUAGAUGAUAGAUAGAUAUGAGAGAGAGAGAGAGAGAAGCAGAGUGCAAAAUUAAGCCUGCAGUCAUGCAAGAUGUGGAGAAAAUAGAUAAGGAGAAGUUUUUCUCCCUCCUUCAUAACACCAGAACUCCUGGACGCCCAAGGAAGCUGAAUGUUGGAAGAGUCAAGACAAAUAAUAGCAAUUCUUUCUUCAUGAAGCACAUAGUCAAACUGCGGAACUUGUUUCCACAGGAACACAGGGAUCAUUACCAACUUGGAUGGAAUCAGACGAAUUCAUGGAGAAUGAGGCUGUCAAAGACUACUAACCAUAAUGGCUAUAUUCCACCUCUACUGCCAGAGUCAGUAAAUGCCCUUGAAUACUAGUUACUGGAAAUCACAAGAGCACUGCUGGCCCUGCUUUUGAGCUUCCCUUUGGGGCAUCUGUGAAAACAGGAUGCUGAACUCGAUGGGCCUUUGACCUGAACCACCCUGAGACUUCAGGAUGAAGGGUCGGCAAUAAAUCAUUACCACUACCACCAUGGAAUGGCAUCUAGCAUUCUGAAUACCAGUUGCUGGAAACGUAGGAUAGGAGAGAGCUCUUGUACUCAAGUCCUCCUUGCUGGUUUCUCAUGUGCAUCUGGUUGGCCCCUGUUGAGAACAGGAUGCUGCAAUAAAUUGGCCAUUGCCCUGAUCCGGCAAGCUCUUCUUAAGUUCUUAUGACCUUCAUCCUGCAAACACGUGCUUUUACUACUGAGCUACAGUACUCCCCAAAAACCUUUCGCAUGUACUGUAGCACAGUAACAGAUGAAGCUGCUUUAGGUUGAGUCAAGCCAGUGAUUCAUAGAGACCGGCAUUGGCUGAUCUGACUCACAGAAACACUUCAGUCUCAGCCAGAGGUAUUUCCCAGCUCUGCUACCCAAGGUGCUUUUAAUUAGUUUUGGAGAACUCAUCUAACCCCUGUUUUGAAACAGCUGUAUUGGCUGCCAGUUCAUUUCCGGAACCAAUUCAAGGUAAUCACUAUGGUGUUUAAAGCCCAAGUGACUCAGGCACCAAACACCUGAAAGACCCCUUCCUUCCCUGGCUGUGGGGGGAUCCUCUUAGUAGUCCCUCUACCCUCAGGUAUCUGUUGACAGGUGGCCUAGGAGAGGGUCUUCUUUGUGGCAGCCCCUAAGUUGUGGAACUCCUUCCCCAUAAAGGUGUGUCCGGCCACCUUCAUUAUAUUGCUCCUGUUGUAUGCCAAAGACUCACCUCUUUACCCUGGCCUUUGCCACUUGAGAUAUAGAUUUUCAGGCCCCACUUUAUUCCUGUGACUGUAAUUUCUUUCAAACUGUCUUUAAUAUUCAAUUUUAAAGUGCUGUCCCCCACCUUUGGACCUUAAAGUGGAGGAUGGGUAAGAAAUAAUAAUAAUAAUAAUAAUGUGAUGCUAACAUCCAAUACCAAGAGGAAGAUCUACCAGCUUGUGUGUUGAGCAUGCCACUUUAUGGAAGUGAGCUGUGAGCAACUUACAACUGUUAGGAGUGAUGCCUCAAUGCCUUCCAUAUGGGCUGUGUCAGGAGAAUUUUGGGUAACAGAAUUUGGGUAACCAAUUUAGCAGACCAACUCUGCGUUACAAGAUGUCUGCAAACAGGACAUGAUGGCUGGCAACAUCAACCCUACCAUCCCUUGCAGACAAUCGAAGUGCCUGGAGACAGGAGGUCAAGUCGUCUAUCUAUCACAGUGACCAGAGGAGAAAUGACCACUGGGAGGAGCACAGAAAGAAUAAACACCAUUGUGCAUCUGCAACAGCAUAACCAGAUGCCUUAAUCUGCUCCAGCUGUAACAAACAUGUUUCCCCCCCAUUGGUCUUUACAGCCAUAGAGAAAGACUAACAGGCAACUCCCUUCAAAAUGGAGAUUUGCAACUGAAUGCUCUACUCACAUAAUUUAAGGUUAAACACUCAUGUGAGACCAAGCAAAGAACAUCAACAGUGAAUUAUCAAACUGUUAGAGCUCAGAGAGCUUCAGUAUGCUUCAAUGGAAUUUUGCCAGUAUUAAACCCUUCAGCGAUAUACAUACAGGCAUUUCUCCAGUUCAGUGUGCAAUUAAACAAUUAUACUUAAAAGCUUUCUCCAGCUUUUGGACUCUAUGAUCUAGGAACAUGAGAAGAGCCUGGUAGAGGGAGAGCCAAUGGUCCAUCUAGUCCAGCAUUCUGUUCUCACAGUGGCCAACCAGAUGCCAGUGGGAGACCAGAAAGCAGGACUCAAGCACAAGAGCUCUCUCCUAUCCUGUGGUUUCCAACAACUGGUAAACAUUUUUGCUUUCAACUGUGGUGGUGUGGAGCAUAACCAUUAUGGCUAAUAGCCAUCAAUAGCCCCCAUGAUUUUUUAAAAAGCUUAUUUAUUAAUUUUUCACAAAGAAAAAAAAACUUUUAAAAUUUUAACAUAAACCAUAAGUUUACUUUAUCAAUUGACUUCCCACCCUCCCCUUCUAUGGUUUCCAUAUUUACCCUUGAACACUGCUUAUUUCCGCCUAUAUUAUUUAAUACAUUCAAUUUAACCUAUUUAUCUUAAUAAUUCACACUGUUGCUCACAUUUCAAGUCCUGCUCAUAUUUUCAUCUCACUAUAAUAGCUCUUGAAAUACUCGAUAAAAGGUUUCAAGUCCUCAAGGAAUUUUUCGUCGUUUUGGUCUCCAACCUUUGCUCUUCAUCUUGCCAGUUCUGCCAGUACUCCAUCAUUGCCAAAAGCCAAUCUUCCUUUGCUGGAACCUCUCCUUCUUUCCAUCUUUGGGCACACAAUAUUUGUGCUGCUGUCGUCGUGUACAUAAAUAAAUUAGCCAGCAACUUGCUCCUCCUGAGACUUCCAGCAACUGGCAUUGGGAAGCAUUACUGCCUCCAGCUGUGCAAGGAGAGCAAAGUCAUUGUGGCUAGCAGCCCUUGAGAGCCUUCCAUGAAUUUGUCUAAUCUUCUUUCAAAGCCAUCCAAGUUGGUGGCCAUCCCUGCCUCCUGUUGGAGCGAGUUCCAUAGUCUUAACUACAGUGGUACCUCGGGUUAAGUACUUAAUUCGUUCCGGAGGUCAGUACUUAACCUGAAACUGUUCUUAACCUGAAGCACCACUUUAGCUAAUGGGGCCUCCUACUGCUGCCACGCUGCCGGAGCACAAUUUCUGUUCUCAUCCUGAAGCCAAGUUCUUAACCUGAAGCACUAUUUCUGGGUUAGCGGAGUCUGUAACCUGAAGCGUAUGUAACCCGAGGUACCACUGUACAUGCCAUUGAGGAAGCAUCUCCCUAAAUGUGCAUGCCUGCUGGGAAAACAAGUGCUUCCGGGAAAGGUCAUCUCACUUUGCCCGAACCAUAACUCUCUCUCUCUCCCUCUCUCAUGCGCGUGCAUGUGUGUUUAAUGUGCCUGUUUCCACUUGACUGAAAUUGAAGAGGGUGUUGAAAUCCUGAGCUGGGAGUCGGUCUGCAGUACCUGUCCAUUAGAAAAAUAAUAAUGUGCAUUUCACAUUUGAACUUCACAUCUUGAAUCAUCUCGAGGUGUGUUGAUGAGCCACUGGAACCCCCGGAGGCACCAAUUAUGCUUCCCACCAUCAGGCCGUGACUUGCUUGCAUGCCAAAUGUAUAAUGAAUGCAUUUUUAUGCGUCAGGCUCUGGAGGACUUUGCAGACCUCCUCAAUAACCAGCUUUGGGGACAUGGUCCACUUAAUUCAUAUCUGGCUCCUUGAUUGACUUCUGUCGGCAGGUGGUGAUCAUUCCCUUGCUGUGUGCCAAGGGAGGGGGUGUCUGAGUGCCUCAGAGACGUCAGUAUCAGGAGAGCUGGAUUUACAAUGCUCUUUGGUUCUGGAGGGACUCUGGGAAGAAUACAGUGGACGGAUCAGUGUCAUAGGAUGGAGGUUUUCCAACUAGGUUCAGGGGACUUUUGAGACUCCUUGUAAGCUUAAAUUGGAUUUCUCAAAACAGUAAUGUUAGGUGAGAUUCCUUGUAAAGACAGAUGUCUCACAAAGACAUUGAAAGUCAACCUUCCUGCGUAAAGUGUGUCUGUGGGAGGGUAAUGACUGCCUUGCUGUUGUGGGGGAAAACAGGAUCUCCCUUGUUUCCCUGAACGCUUGCAGAGUAUGCAAUUCCAUGCAUUUGGGGACCCAUUUUUGCCAUGUCUUUGUAUGUUGGUUGUGCCCCUGUUGCGGUCCACCUUAGAUCAGUCCACACCCACCAGUGGCCGAUCAAUGUUCUCGGGCAUAAUCCCAAUUCACAUGAAGCAAUAAUGAUGUCCAGAAAGCCUCUAGAGCAUGUGUGGGGGAUGUUGGACCCUUCCGAGGUUGCUAAACUACAGCUUCCAUCAGCCCCAGCAAGCAUAGCCAAUGACAAGGAUGAUGGGAGUUGUAGUUCAGCAACCUCUGGAAGGCCACACCUCUAGACUAUGCCCCACAGUUCUCAGCUGUGUGUCAGAGUUCCAUAACUGCUAGAUUUCUUUACAGCUACCCCAUGUGGUUAACCUUUGGGCUACAUUGGUAGCCUUUUCUGGGAGGUACCUUCAGGCCCUAGACUGACUGCUGAUCCAAGCUGCCACUGGAGCCCCCUGUGCAGGAACGAGCAUAAGAGGACUUCUUGUUCCAACUGAGCCUUGCUUGACUAAGCAGGUCUUCCUGAUCUGCAGUGUUUUUCUGUAUCUGCAGUUGCUCCUUGGUCCUGCAUCUUGCUUUCGCCUUUGGUCCAGACUUCCGACUUCUAUUGAAGCGGAAUAUCGGAAAAUUCAUGAAAGACAAAAGGAAGAACAUCUUCACACAGCACAAACUAUGGAAUUGUCUACCACAAGAGGGAGCAACGGCCACCUACUUGGGUGGAUUUAAAAGAGGAUAAAACAAAUUCAUGGAGGGGAAGGUUAUCAAUGGCUACCAGCUGCAAUGACUACGUUCAACCUACUCUGUUGGAGGCAGAACGGCCCUGAGUACCAGCUGCUGGGAAUCACAAAUGGGGCGAGACCUUCUGUGCUCUGGUUCUGCUUUUCAGCUAUCCAUAGUUUCCUGGUUUGGGUGUAAUGGGAAACAGUGGUUUGACAAAACCCAGAAGUGUUCUGUCACAACACAUAAGAGAAGGGAUGAGUAGUUCAGGCAUAACACUAUUUCCUGGUGUUUGUGUGAACUGGGUGUUGGAAUAAAUGGGUCUUGGGCCUGAUCCAGCACGGUUCUUAUGAGAUGCAACCACCACCAUGGGGAAGGCUGAUUUGGGACACAGGAAAGUUCCUUAUGCUGAGUCCAUCUAACUCAGCAUUGCCUUUCAACACCAGUUGCUAGGAAUUGCAACUGGGGAGAGAGUGGUCCAGCAUCUGAGCUUCCCUUUGGGACAUCUGUGAGAACAAGAUACUGGGCUGGAUGGACCUUUGGCCUUAUCCAGUCAGACUUUUAUCACAUUCUUAUGGAUGGCUUUAAUAGGAGAUUAGACAAACUCAUAGAGGAUAAAGCUAUUGAUGGCUACUAGCCAGGCUUGUUAUGUCCAGCCUCUACGGCUGGAGGUAGGAGGGCUCUGAAUAUCAGUUACUGGGGAUUGCAGGUGGGGAAAGUGCUCAUAUAACAUUCUUAUGUUCCUGGGAUCAGCAGUUGUGCUCAAUCUUCCCUUUCAUCUCUUUGCUUCAAAGGCUGUGGCAUCAAGUUGUGCACAAACCCCAAGUGAUCUCUUUUUUGCGCCAGAGUUUGGCGAUCCAACUAUACUUCCAGAAAUGUCUUUGAUAAUGCCCUUUGGGCCACAGGCACCUCAGAAGCCUGGACACAGCAUCAAAGAGAAUACCGCUUUGAGGAGUACAGGAAGGUCUGAUGAAAAGACAGGGAGGUAGGAAAUGGUUCUGUUUAUCAUAAGAACACGUAGAAGUACAGUGGACCCUCCAGAUACAAACUUAAUUCGUUCCGGGGGUCCAUUCACACCCCGAAAAUUACGUAAAUAGGAGGCGCAUUUCUGUGCAUGUGCACAGCACGAUUGAGCGCUUCUGCAAAUGCACAAGGCGCACAAAGCGCUUCUGCACAUGCGUGCGCGGCGAAACCCAGAAGUAUAUACCUCCAGGUUUGCCGUGGCCAUAACCCAAAGAUUCCGUAUCCAGAGGGCUAUGUAAGUAGAGGUACGACUGUAGUGAGUUUUUGCCCAGGUAGGCUGAGAUGGAGAGAAGGGGGCUUGCUCCCCAGGCUCAAAUCAAGGUGCUGUUUAACUUAGAAAGGGACUUUCCUGAAGGCUACAGUUGUCAUAGGGGCUGUGCUCCAAAUCUCUCAACCCUGAGAGGCAAGGCUGCUGCCAGGUGCAGUAGAGAAGAGCGGGGAAGUAUUUUCAGCCCAAGGACAACCUCUUGGGGGCCACAUGCAAGUGGUCUGCAGAGCCGGAAGCAAAAGUAGCCAGAGCAAUGGAAUGGCGAUUUGACUUUUGUACAGUAGGCUCAUUUAAAGCAACCCUGGAUAGCUCAGUUGGUUAGAGCAUGGUGCUGAUAACGCCAAGGCUGCAGGUUCGAUCCCCAUAUGGGACAGUUGCAUAUUCAUUCCAGCAUUGCAGGUGGUCGGACUAGAUCAGUGGUUCUCAACCUGUGGGUCCCCAGAUGUUGUUGGACUACAACUCCCAUCAUUCCUAGCCAGCAUGACCAGUGGUCAGGGAUGAUGGGAGUUGUAGUCCAACAACAUGUGGGGACCCACAGGUUGAGAAGCACUGGACUAUAUGAUCCUCUGGAUCUUUUCCAACUCUACAAUUCUAUGAUUCUAUGCUCCUUCCAGGCAAGCAACUGGUAUUGCCAGAGUUCAAGGGCACAUUCCAGCCAGGCAAAAACAUUCCCCAAAGUGUGUGAAGUAGGGUCAGUGAUGGGUGUGGCCUAGUGACCCUCUGUGAUUUCAGGCAGGGAGUCUCUCCCUGUCCUGCCAGGAGAUGUCAGGGGUUCAACCCAGGACCUUCUACAUGCCAAGCAGAUGCUCCUCCAACCGAGCUAUAGACCUUCCCCAGCCAGCAUGGCAUCUGUGCAUGUACAUUUUUGGUACUGGUUCCAUAAUUCUGGGGGCCCGGGAAAAUGGCACCUUCAAUGGACACUCCCAACCUGCAAGGGGGUGAGACAUGCAAGCUGAGAAUUCACCCAGGCUGCAUCAGAUUGUCUUGGAUACUCUGUGGCAACUGGAAGGGAAGGAGUGGCACUGCCAGGGCUGGGGUGAACCCUCUUUGGGGCAAAUACCCAACCUAGACACCUUCCAGAGCUAGUCCUAGGAUGCACACAGUGUUCUGGAGGCAAAUGCAACUGCUAGCUGCGUCCAGGGUUUACGCCACCGUGCAGAGAACUGCAAAGUUUUGGUUAAUAAUCACAGGCUGCCCGUUUGUUUCUGGGCCCAGUUCCAAGUACCUACGAAGCAGGGACAGGGAAGUGUUUUCCUACACAAGGUUCUCUAAGCAAGUCCCACGGACUCGGACACUGACGCAGGCUGUGGUGCACAUCUCAGAGGCUGGCAAUGCUCCAGCCCCCACAUCGAUCUCCUCAUUAAUUCCACCAUUGUCCUGUCUCCCUGCCUGGUUUCACAGUCUGCUCAGUGCCACCUGCCUCCCCUGCACCAGCAGACUCUUGAACAGGACUGAAGGUGCCCCGUGGACGAUGCAUGUCCUUGUAUAACGGCACCUUUGCUUGCUUGCUUUUAACUCAUUUAUCCAGCUUCACAAAGGGCUGUUGCCAUGGAGGGCAGGGAAGGGGAAGCCUCUCAAGGGUAUUGCAAGCCUCUUCCCUGAACUUGGAAGGGCCACAGCUGAAUGGCAUGGCGUUUUCGCCGCAUGCAGAAGAUCCCCACUCCAAUCCCUUGCAUCUCCAGGUAGAACCAGCAAUGCCCCUUGCCUGAAUCCCUGGAGAAUAUUGUCAGUGCUGACAAUACUGAGCUAGAUGGGUGAGACUCAGUAGAGUAAAGGGAUGUAGCUCAAUGGAAGAGCAUCUGCUUUGCAUGCAGAUUCAAUCCUUGGUGUCUCCAGGUAGGGCUUAGGAGAGACCUCUACCUGAAUCCCUGCACAGACUCUGCCAGCCAUUCAUUGUUGACAAGACAAAGCUGGAUGGACCAACGGUCUGAUGUAGUAUAAUGAAGGACCAUAGCUCAGUGGUCCAACAUCUGCCUUGCCUGCAGAAGGUACCAGAUUCAAUCCUUGACUUCUCCAGGUAAGGAUGGGAAUGUCUCCCUGUCUGGAGUCCAGGAAAGCCUCUGCUUGUCAGUGUAGACAAUAAUGAGCUAGAUGAAUGAACAAGUCCAGCUUCCGCUUCCAAACUUUUCAGCUGACAUUCAAAAAGCCCCUAGUCUGUCCUUGAAGAUACAAAAUAGAAGGACAAUGCAUAAGGCCUGCCCUCUGUCUAUCUUGAUGGCAUCAAGUGGCCUGUUUUGCCUGCGCUGGUGAUCAGCUGGUUGUCCUUGUUGAUCAGUUGAUCAGCAGUGCCUGGAAACCCCUACUAGCCCAGCUGAAUCUUUACCUGCCCCACACCUGACAUCAUAUAUGAUGGCACAUGUAGGGAAGGUCAUUUGGCCAAAAUUGCUACAAAGGGCAAAUGAGGAAGUUUGAUGAGUGUUCUCCCACCCUUGAUCAAUAGCCCUCUAGCAGAUGUGGGGAUCCUUUGGCCCUCGGGAUGCUUCUGAAUUAUGUGAGAUCAUAAGAAGAGCCUACUGGAUCAGGUCCAUCAAGUCUAGCAUCCUGUUAUCAAAGUUGCCAGUUUACAAAGGGAAAAUUUCAAGCAGAAAUUGGGCACAAGCAGUGGCGUAGCGUGGGGAGUGCAGGGGGGGCCGGCUGCACCGGGCGCAACAUCUGGGGGUUAGGGUUAGGGGGCGCAAAUCCACGGGUUAGGGGGCGCAAAUUACUUGCCUUGCCCCGGGUGCUGACAACCCACGCUACGCCACUGGGCACAAGAACCCUCCUGUGGCUUCUAGCAACUGGUCCUCAGAAGCAUUCCUGCCUCUGACCAUAGAGGAAGAGCAUAGCUACUCUGGCUGGCAGCCCUCCAUAGCUCUCUUCUACACGAAUUUGUCCAAUCCUCUUUUAAAGCCAUCCAAGUUGCUGGCCAUCAAUGCUUCCAGCAGAAGUGAGUUCCAUAGCUUAACUGGCUAUCAUCCGUGCUUGCUGGGGCUGAUGGGAGUUGUAGUCCACCCAGCAGCAUCUGGAGGGCUUAUGGUUCCCCGUCACCUGCUUUACAGGAUCUUCUCAUUCUCCUUGCAAACCCGCCCCGCUCCCAGUACCUGCUUUUCAACUCUGCAGCCAAGUCUCCCUCCCCCCACCCCCUGCCCUGGGGGCUCCCAGUCUCUGCAACCAGCGCACCCCCCCUUGUGCUCACCCACCCAGCCAAGUGAAAUUAAUUUCACCGUGCACGUCCCAUGAAACGCUUGCCUGUGUAAAACACUUGCCUAAAUGCCGAACGGUAUUAUGUGCCUCCCGAUUCGCUCUGUCUAUUAAUUUCACAACCCUAAUUUACCAAACCACCAAUCAAAUAUUCUUUGGCAAUAUUUGUACUUUAUCACCCAUGAUGUUUAAUUGCUCGUAGCUUCCCCUCUUUCCAGGACUUUUCGAGGUGGUUCUCUGUUUAAUAUUCAAACCAGGCAGUGAAAUGAGACACAUUAAUCGAACCGUGUGGUUAUGAAAACCUUCUUUUCCUUCUCCUUCUCCUUUUCCUUUUCCUUUCUCUCUCUCUCUCUCCCCCUCUCUCGCCUUGGCUGGAAACGGAGGCUGUAUCUCGCUUCCUGCAGAAUGUGGGCAGGACCGCCCUACAACCUUGUUGGCUUCGGGAAUAAUGGCUUGGAAAUGGAUCCUUCUCUCUCUCUCUUUGGCUAAUUUCCCUUUUGUCACAGACAAGAUGCCAGCACACAGAGAACGACAGAUGUUAAGCCUUUGUCAUAGUUAGCUUGGGCUUGUCAAAGUCAGGACGGGGAACGGAGCCGAAUGGAAGGAAGUUUUCCAAACUGCGCUAUAAAUAUAGUCAAAACCACAUCUUUAAAAGCAAUUAGGCGAAAGGCAUCUUUGCGGAUUAAUUGCAUGGUUUUCGGUGGAUUAACCGGUUGAUUAAAUCCGCAUGCAAAUAGGACAACGGCCCAGGAGAAUGACGAAAAGGGCUCUUUCUUUGUUUUUAGAUCAGAGGGGGAGAAUCUCAGGCCAGGAGUCCACAUGCAGCCACAACCUUUCUGGGUGUGAGGUGUUAAGGGUAAUGGUUUAAUUGACACAGAAAUGAAGAAUGGCUUAAGGUAGGGUUAGCACAAGCCCGGAAUUUCCUGGGCAUAUCCAGAAUACUGUGUCUGGGCAGAAAUCAGUAAGAAUACCUGGGGAAAUCCUGAUUGUGUGGCAGCCCAUGCAAGCAGUGCCAUUUUUUUGCCAAUUUUCCAUAAAAAUAGCCCAAAAGCUAAAAAAAAAAAGCCCCUCCCUUCUUAUGCUGGUCUACAACCAUAAUAAAGAUUUGUUGUUGUUGUUGUUGUUGUUGUUGUUGUGUUCUUUAAAAAAAAGGUCAACAACUUAGCCGCCAACCCUCGCCUCCACCCAAAAAGAAAAAAAGCUCAACAAAUUUUCUGUCCAGAUUUUCACUGUUUGAAAUAUGGCAACCCUACCUAAAGGUAUAUCACAGAAGGUUUAACAUGGGGUUCUACCAUGAGGCUAGAUUGAAACCAAGGAGAGCACUUUGCACUCUUGCUAAGUGGUAGCUGACAUUUGAGUGUUCUAACCUUAGAUUAUGUAGGAGGUAUUGGGUUGCAAAUCUCCAUCUUGAAGGGAGUUGCCUUUGAGUCUUUGUAUCCCAAAUUCAACUGAGUGAAAAUGUAAAAUGAAGCUCUCCUGAAGGGAGAGUAAACAGCCCGGUAGCUGGAAUUGUUUGGCUGUUUUGGCUGUGGAGAGGUCUCUUUGGAUUAUUUAAUAUGCUUUUAGGUCUCUUUGGAUUAUUUAAUAUUUUCUGAGAUGCUGAGCCUGUACUGGACAGCACAAGACAUUGUAUGCAUAUUUUGGACAUAACAUUUGAUGUAUUCUGUUUCAUUUUAAUGAGUUCUGCCAGUAAAAGUUUAAAUAAUAUUUUUAUGGGUCUGGGCAAAGAUUUAUUCCAAAAGGAGUCAGUUCUUAUGCUUCCAGUUGCUUCAAACUGCAACAAUAUUAAUAUCUGCAACAAGAGAUGCAGAGAAAGUCUCAUCUAAGGUUUGUAGGUAAUUAUAUUAAUGAAUGCUAUUCAUCAGCCAAAAAGUUUUUCAUUCAACAAGCCAGCCUUUGGCAAUGUGGUGCCCUCUGGAUGUUUUGGACUACAACUCCUAUCAGCCCCAGAAAGCACAGCUUUGCUGAUGGUCUGGCUAAGAAUAAGGCAACUUCCUACCUUCUUAUGGAAAUCAGCCCUUUAUUCUGAAUACUGAGGAUUAGGACUUACUUUAUUUUAAGGGAAGGACCGAAGCUCAGUGGUAGAGCUAUCUCUCCACUUGCUUCAAACCACCCAAAAGUGUUUAGGCAGCUCUGUUAUUUACUUAUUAGUAAAAAGAGGAGGGCAAUAGCUCAAUGGCAGAGCAUCUGCCUUGCAAGCAGGAGGUCCCAGACUCAGUACCUGUUAUCUCCAGGUUGGGCUACCUGAAACCCUGGAGGGCAGCUGCCAGCCAGUGUCAGCAGCACUGAGCUAAGUGGACAAGGCAGCUUCCUAUGUUUUGCUGUUUCAAUAGCUGGCCCCUUCCUUUUUUGCACAGAGUGCUCCAAAAAGGACAGAAGCAGUAUUCAUGAAUUCUCCAUUUGCCCAUUUCAACUCUUCCAAGCCAAAGGGGUUCACACGGAGCCCUCAGCCUCCUAGAAAACAUCCUUGCUGCAGCAGCUGCUGAACAACAGUCAUAACUUACCAACCAAGAAUUCAUUUCCGAGAGCAGAGGAAAUUGGGACACACACACACCCCACUGUGACACUUCGGUUUCAGGUUUAAUGUUCCUAUUUAGUUCAAAUGCCCAAUUUCUACACUGAUUUAUACUUCUUCUCCUUUCCAUUUAUCUUUGCUCUGUUCGAAACAUUUAAAAAGGUCUUUCUUCAGCAAUAGAAGUGGUAGAAUAGCAGGAAGGGUGUUAUGUAAUUCAAGCCCUGGGACACAAGAGAAUCACCUCCUUCCUUGACCCCCUUCAUCACUUUAUGCAGGAUUUCUUAAAUACUCUGUGAGCAUCUCUUAUUUGCAUGUGAACCACUGAAAUGAAAUGGUGGUGAGUGGUGCACAUUGAGAUUGAUAGGGCGGGAGGCAGGGAGCUGGACAGCAGGUGGUGCCACAGCCCGUGACACGCAAAGCCAACUAAUUCUAGUUUUGACCUCCUCCUCCUCUCUGCUGCAACACUAAGACUAAGGAGGAGGGAGGUGACAGGCAGGGCCACCCCCGAGCAAGUUGUAAGAAAGAAGGCUGGCAGGUAGAGGCUGACUGGGAGCAGACUAAAGUUGGUGGGUCACUGCCUCUUUCACCCUAACAGACCAGCCUCCGCUGUUGAAAUGGACUUUCACUGAGCAAUGAUAUUUUAAAAUUUAACGUGAAAUGCUAACUUGGAAUAUGGAAUGUCCUAAGGCUACUUGAGGGACGCGGGUGGCGCUGUGGGUUAAACCACAGAGCCUAGGACUUGCCGAUCAGAAGGUUGGCGGUUUGAAUCCCCAUGACGGGGUGAGCUCCCGUGUCUCGGUCCCUGCUCCUGCCAACCUAGCAGUUCAAAAGCACAUCAAAGUGCAAGUAGAUAAAUACCUUCCAGCGGGAAGGUAAACGGCGUUUCCAUGCGCUGCUCUGGUUCGCCAGAAGUGGCUUAGUCAUGCUGGCCACAUGACCCAGAAACUAUAUGCCAGCUCCCUCAGCCAAUAAAGCGAGAUGAGCGCCGCAACCCCAGAGACGGCCACGACUGAACCUAAUGGUCAGGGGUCCCUUUACCUUGACUUUUUAAGGCUACUUGAGGGUUUUGCCAAGGGAUCUUGUUGGCUACUGAGAGAACAAGAUGCUGGAUUUUAUUAUUAUUAUUAUAUUCCCCAUCUGGCUUAGCUGGACCAUUGGCCUGAUCCAGCAGGGCUUUUCUGAUGCACUUAAGCAGACAUAUGUAGGAUAGCUCAGUCGGUAGAACAUGAGAAUCAUAAUCGCAGGGUAAGUGGUUUGGGCCUCACACUGGGCAAACGAUCCCUGCAUUGCAGAGGGUUUGACUUAGAUGACCCUCAUGGUCCCUUCCAACUCUAUGGUUCUGUGAGUCUAUGACUGCAGUGUUCGACAUGCGGGCACCUCUUGAUUGUUUACAGAGACAUCAUGCAGGCCAUCACGCAAGCUGACAGCUAUCAAGCACUGCCAAGCAGCUAAUAGGACGGUAUGUCCACUGUCAGAUUCUAUCAAGGACUUAACGCAAUUGCCUACCAACCCGCAAAUGGUCCAGUGGAAGAUCUCAUUACAUAGAUCUAUCAAAUACAGUCAAGUUCCGAGCACCACAGGAUGUCAAUUCGAGUCACCAAAGAUCCUGUGAACAGUCAGAAAAAUAGUUAAGUGUUCUAAAAGAAUAACCAGCAUCAAAACUGGCUUGCAGCUGUCCAGGUCUGAAAAAGUUAACUCAAGGACCUUGCGGUGUAGGUUGGUUGGUGUUAAAAGGCAGUAGGGGACACCCCAGGAGCCAGGUACAAUUUUUCUCAUCGACAUUUAUGUUUAUGGGAACAGUAAUUGAGAGGAGUUAUAGUGGAUCUGUGUGCAGUGGGCAUGCCAUAGUGCUCUAUUGCCCACGUGCCCAGGGUCUUAAGAAGCUGGCGCAAGCUGCCAUCACACAGGAGAAGAGUCUUUAAGUAGAGCCCUUAAAGGCUUUCAAGCAGCCUUGCCCAAUCUAUCGCCUGUUCCUUGUCUGUGUUUUAUUUACUGUGGACUGAAAGUAUUUGUGUGUGUGUGUGUGUGUGUGUAGUUUCUGGGCAUUGCUAGACAGGGAACAUUAAACUGCUGAUACCCUUAUGUCAUCUCAUAUAUAUAUAUAUAUAUAUAUAUGUGUGUGUGUGUGUGUGUGUGUGUGUGUGUGUGUGUGUGUAUACACACACACACACACCCCUAUGGUGCGACUGCAUUUGGAAUACUGUACUUUUUCUGGUUGUCUCACCUCAAAAUGGAUAUUGUAGAGUGAUGAAAGGUUCAAAAAAAGGGCAACCAAAAUGAUCGAGAGGGUGGAGAGACUCCCCUAUGAGGAGAGAUUGCAGCUUUUGGGAGUUUAGAGAAAAGGAGAGUUAGAGGCGAUAUGAUAGAAAUGUAUAAAAUGAUGCACAGCAUGGAGGAACUGGACAGAGAAAUGUUUUCCUCCCUCUCACUAGAGCUGGCAGACAUCCAGUGAAGCUUGAAUGUUGAAAAAGCCUGGACAGAGAAAAGAAAGGGCUUCUUCACACAGUUAAACUAUAGAGUUGUCGUCCCCCAUCCCCCCCAGGAAGCAGUGAUGGCCACCAACUCGGAUGGCUUUUUGAGAGAAUUGGACAAAUUCAUGGAGGAGAGGGCCGUCAGUGGCUGCUAGUCAUGAUGGCUGCAUUCUGCCUCCACAGUCAGAUACAGUUACUAUGCUUCUAAAGAGCAGUUGCUGGAAACCGCAGGAAGGGAGAGGGCUCUUGUGUUCGAAUCCUGAUUACAGGCUUUCCACGGGCAUCUGGUUGGCCACUGUGAGAACGGGAUACUGGACUAGAUGGGUCAUUGGCCUGACCCAGAGAGGCUCUUCUUAUGGGUAUUUUUUAGUACAGAAUAUGGACACCUGUGUGUGUUCUGGGCGCAGCCCAACCACAGACUGUGGGCCUUGACAAAUGCCUAACAAUGCCAUCUCCCUGGUAGUCAUCUACAGUGGUUCCUCGGGUUACAGACGCUUCAGGUUACAGACUCCACUAACCCGGAAGCAGUACCUCGGGUUAAGAACUUUACCUCAGGAUGAGAACAGAAAUCACGGCGCAGCGGCGCAGCAGCAACAAGAGGCCCCAUUAGCUAAAGUGGUACCUCAGGUUAAGAACAGUUUCAGGUUAAGAAGGGACCUCCGGAACGAAUUAAGUUCUUAAACCAAGGUACCACUGUACAGUGGUGCCUCGCAAGACGAAAUUAAUUCGUUCCGCGAGUUUUGUCGUCUUGCGAUUUUUUUCGUCUUGCGAAGCACGAUGUCGGGAAAGUUUUGGAAAAGCUUCAAAAAUCUCCAAAGUCUUUAAAAACCUCAAAAAAGGCUACCACAACGCGUUCCAUGAGUUGCUCCUCGAAGUCAAGUUGCAACUGUAUUAACGGUGUUAAGAAAAAGGAAACAAACUUGCAAGACGUUUCCGUCUUGCGAAGCAAGCCCAUAGGGAAAAUCGUCUUGCGAAGCAGCUCAAAAAACAAAAAACCCUUUCAUCUAGCGAGUUUUUUGUCUUGCGAGGCAUUCGUCUUGCGAGGUACCACUGGAUUUGUUUGAAGGAGGUGCCCCAGGUCCUUUCUCCCCUCCAUUCCCACCUCCUCCCAGCUGUGGAAAAUAUGCCCGUGCUGCCCAGGGCAGACGUGCUCCCGAGGGGGGCAUGGCAUGGAUGGUGCCCUUCCAGGCACGGGAUAGCCUCUUGGGUGCCUAGAGCAGUGUGCGUGCCCUGAAGCCAGAGGCGGAGCGAGCCGCUCACAGGGCAAAGCAAGCCACCCAUGACAGACAUUUGCCAUGCCGCCCACCCACAACUCCCAAGCCUCCCCUAAGCUGUCAAAACAAAGGGGGAAGAGGGAAAUGCCGCCGGCAAAGUGGCGCAGCUCCUCCCCUUACCCCAAUGGCUUGGGGUAGGCUGGGGAGUCAUGGGCAGGAGGUGCGCCAAAUGUCACCCCCCUCAGUGAGGGCACCCGGGGUGAUCCGCCCUCACCUCACCCUUCCUACGCCCCUGCCUUCUCCCACUGUAUUGUCCCUCUGGUGCAGGAUGUGGAAACAGCUUCCCCAUUGGCAAAGGAAGCCCACCCCCCACAUCCUUUAGAGCUACACACCUGACAAGUAAAACACCCAAGUCUACUAUACGUUUUGGUGAGGUGUACACUGGUGCGCGAGGGACACGGGUGGCGCUGUGGGUUAACCACAGAGCCUAGGACUUGCCGAUCAGAAGGUCAGCGGUUCGAAUCCCCACGACGGGGUGAGCUCCUGUUGCUCGGUCCCUGCUCCUGCCAACCUAGCAGUUCAAAAGCACGUCAAAGUGUAAGUAGAUAAAUACUCCGGCGGGAAGGUAAACGGCGUUUCCAUGUGCUGCUCUGUUUUGCAAGAAGCGGCUUAGUCAUGCUGGCCACAUGACCCGGAAGCUGUACGCCAGCUCCCUCAGCAAAUAAAGCGAGAUGAGCGCCGCAACCCCAGAGUCGGCCACGACUGGACCUAAUGGUCAGGGGUCCCUUUACCUUUACCUUUACCUUUACACUGGUGCGCAUGCAGAGUGUUGCUAUUCUCAAGCAGGUUUCAGUCACCUGCAAGCAAAUUCAGGCCACUCGGUCAAAGUGGAUUCAGAGCCCACUUCCCCAAAAUAUCAGACCAUUUUUUGUCACAAAGCAGCUGGGAAGUGAAGGAUGAGAACGUAAGUGGUAACGCCAAACAUAUGCAGUGGACAAGUGUCAAUGUAUUUGUGUUCUGGGAUCAGGUUUUCAAUGAAACUGAUAAAAUUGCUCAACAAUAUGUCAGGAAGACCCCAGAACUUGCUCUGCUAAAUUUAUUUACAGAUGAUAAUAUGGAGUUGAGAGAUAAACCACGAUAGGAUACGUAUUAGAAGCUGCUCAUAUGACUAUUGCACCUUUUUGGAAAGACCGUUAAGGUGCUAAUUUAACAGCAUGGUAUGAAAGGUUUCAGCAGAUAAAAUCACAUGUAAACUAAGAAUAGCUAGAGGAAAUAAACACAGAGAUUGGUUUGCGAGAGACCAGUGGAAUUUUAUCGCUUAUUGCUUAUACAAAUACUUCAGACAGCAAACAGAAAGUCCCUAGGGUGUGCUCCAGAAUAUGGAUCUGUUAAAUGUUUGUUCUCACUUCUUAUUAAUUUAAAUACGCUAUCUCUGCAUUUAUAUGAACUUCUUUGUGGGUGUCUGAGCAUAGAAGCUUCUUGGUGUUUUUCUUCUGAUUUUGUUCAGCUUGUUACGGGGUAGAUUUCAUAACAUCCUUUUGUCUUUUGUUAAAUUGUUGGUGCUUGUUAUGUAACUUAAGAAAAUAAAUAAAAGACCGACACAGAGAGAGAGAAAUUAGUUUUUUCAAUUGUUUUUAAUAUUGUGUAAUAUUGUAUGUUAAUAUUAAUGUUUGUUUCCAUUGUUGUAACCCACCCUGGGACCUGAGGGUGAUGGGUGGAUAAAUAAUAAUAAUAAUAAUAAUAAUAAUAAUAGUGCCCUGCUGGAUCAUGCCAGCAGCCCAUCUAGUCCAGCAUCAUGUUCUUACAACAGCCAGCCAGAUGCCUGGGCAAAACUCUCAAGUGAGACCAGAGCACAACAGCCCUCGCCCCUCCUGUGACUUCCAGCAACUAAUAUUCAGAAGUAUCCCUGCCUCUGACUGUAGAGCAGGAGUAGGCAACCUAAGGCCCAUGGGCCACAAGCGGCCCACGGGGGUCGUUUAACCAGCCCUGAGCCACCCCCAAACUAAGUCACCUGCUCAGCAAGUCUCCAUGCGCUGCACUAAACCAGUGCAGUGCGUCGUGAGGACUCGCUUCUGCAGUGCCAGAAAUCGCAUCUGCGCAUGCUCAGAUGCCGAAAAUCAUGUCUGUGCAUGCUCAGACGCUGGAAAUCGCGGCCGCGCACACUCAUGCGUGUGCACAAUCUGGCCCACAGAGGGAUCUCUGCUGGAGUGAACCAGCCCAGGUGAGGUGAACCUUGCCGACCCCUGCUGUAGAGGCAUCAUUAGGCUAUCACUGAUAGCCACUGAUACCCACUGAUACCCACUGAUAGCCUUAACCUUCAUGAUCAAUCAGCUUCAAGCAAAUCAGAAUACAUGUUCAAUAAAUAGCAGAUAUUGUCUAACUCCCCUCCAAACAAAUCAGAAUGAAUGCUCAAUAAACAAGUCAUCUAGAAGCAAUCUAAGUGUUUUGUCUGUUUGGAAGAGGGGGGGUUCUGUGCCUCACUGGGUUUUCUGCUCUGAAACGUGUGUGUGUGUGUCCCCAUGACAGUUUUUGAUUUCCAAAUGUGCCCUCAAGGCCACAAAGAGUUAGGAGCCCAUAAAUCCACACAUAAAUAAUAAAUUGCCACCUUGCCUGGAUGGGGUUUCUUGUGUGUAAUUAAAUGGUAGCUUAAGCAAGGAGGGACUGGCUUUGUUUCUGACAUCUAACUUGAUCUCCUUGCCAAUUUCCUGGAAUGAAUCUGAAAGCAAGGCGUUUUACUGCCCAUAAAUUUCAAGUGAGGUUUACGAGAUGCUGAGGAAGACAAGGGAGGGAUGGCUGUUACCCUUUCACCCUGUUCAUCUCCCACCAGAGAUAUCUGGCUGGCUGGUGGCUGCUGGAAGCAGCACACAGGAGCACAUGCUGAUGCAGUUCUAGUAAGGACACAAAACAAGUGAAGAUCACACCACCCUUUGCAUGGAACCAGGUUGUUGCUGUUGUUUAGUCAUUCAGUCGUGUCCGACUCUUUGUGACCCCAUGGACCAGAGCACGCCAGGCACUCCUGUCUUCCACUGCCUCCCGCAGUUUGGUCAAACUCAUGCUGGUAGCUUCGAGAACUCUGUCCAACCAUCUCGUCUCUGUCGUCCCCUUCUCCUUGUGCCCUCCAUCUUUCCCAACAUCAGGGUCUUUUCCAGGGAGUCUUCUCUUCUCUUCUCGUGAGGUGGCCAAAGUAUUGGAGCCUCAGCUUCAGGGUCUGUCCUUCCAGUGAGCACUCAGGGCUGAUUUCCUUAAGAAUGGAUAGGUUUGAUCUUCUUGCAGUCCAUGGGACAGGUAGCUGUUCUAAAAUGUUAUAAACAUUCAAGAUCCAACUUGCUUCCAUCAUGGGGGUUCAGAGCAAAUCAAAAUAAGGUUGAAUAACACCAUAGCCAUUUAGGGGUUUUAGUUUAGAGAGGUGGCAUCAUAGAAGUUUAUAAAAUUAUGUGUAGCAUGGAGAAAGUAGAUAGAGAAAAGGUUUUAUCCCUCUUUCAUAACACUAGAACUCAGGGACAUCCAGUGAAGCUGAAGAUUGGAAGUUCCAGACCAAGACCUCUAAAAGGAGUUGUGUCAGGAGCAGCCCUGUUCUCAUGCCCUGGAUGUUCUGAGAACAGUAUGUUGAACUAGAUGAGCCACUGGCCAGAUUCAACAAGCUCCUCUUAUAUUCUUAUAUUCUCUGGUAGGGAUGGGUGUGAGAUUCAAUUCCAUUACAGUGGUACCUCGGGUUACAUAAGCUUCAGGUUACAUACGCUUCAGGUUACAGACUCCGCUAACCCAGAAAUAGUGCUUCAGGUUAAGAACUAUGCUUCAGGAUAAGAACAGAAAUCGGGCUCCGGCGGUGCGGCAGCAGCAGGAGGCCCCAUUAGCUAAAGUGGUGCUUCAGGUUAAGAAUACUUUCAGGUUAAGAACGGACCUCCGGAAUGAAUUAAGUACUUAACCCGAGGUACCACUGUAGUAUCAAAAGGCAAACCACCUGAUUCUCACUUUCCAAAACAGUACUGGACCUUUGAAAUUUGCACUUUGCCAAAUGUUGAAAUGUAGUAUUGUUUUCAACCAAGUAAUGUGUACAAAACUGCAUAUUCUGGGGCAAAGCGUACAUAAAAAUGUAUGCAUUUGUAAAAAAAAAAACCUACAACCAUACAAAUACGCAUUCUGCUUUGCAAAACCGUGUACACUAGGAAAAAUUGCUUACAAAUAUGCCUGUCGAGAGAAAUUCGCACUAAAAUUAUGGUGAAUUUUCAUGGGGACUUGUUUCUGAAAAAUUUGCAGCCUAAUGUGGAAAUGAGGAGAACUAAACUUAAAAAUGGGGGGGGGGGGAGAAACCAAAAUUGACAAAUAUGCCUAUCCGCAAGGCCUGGUCACAAACCCUAGUAGCCUAAAUAACAACCUCUUCCCUCUCCCUGCAGAGAUCCGUGAGGCAUUCAAAGUUUUUGACCGGGACGGCAACGGUUUCAUCUCUAAGCAGGAACUGGGCACAGCAAUGAGGUCCCUUGGCUACAUGCCCAAUGAGGUGGAACUGGAAGUCAUCAUUCAGAGACUAGACAUGGAUGGUAAGACUUUUUGGAGGGGGGUGGGAAAAGUUUUGGAUGCCCCCCCUUUUGUUGCUCUUCUCUUUUGAAUCAAACUCCCUGUUUCUUCUGUGUGCUCUCCUCCCUGACUAGCCUUCCCCCAAUCUGGUGUCCUCCGGAUGUUGUGGACCAGCCAGCAAAGACUUCCACUCCUGGAGGAAGAAAUGGCAUUUGGGAGGAGUGAUCUGUCCCUGAAGGCAUAAAAGGCUUCAGUCAAGUCCCAGGCACUCUAGGAGCAAGUAGCUCACUUAGAGCUCUCCGUGGUGCUGAAACUACUGGCCAGCCUUGUGCUCAUUUGUCAAAUCCCUGUGCCUUCUCCCUGGUGCUAUUAGGCAUGGAUGUGGGGAAUAGAGAGGCGACAUGUUUGGGGGAGGGUGCUCAGUCUUGAUUCUUCUUAUCCCAUCUUCACCUCACUCCUUUCCCCCUUGUGUUUCUAGCUUGCUCAGCCAGGCUGCCUUCCCUCCCGCACUGAACUUCAUGAGCGUCCCCGGCUGAUGUGUCUCUAAUGUGACCAUUGCCAGAGCUAUUACAGAUUUGAUGUCCCCCAGCUAAAGGGAAUAUUUGUCUUUCAGAAAAGAGUCUCAUCCCAGAGUUGUAAAAAAAGGUUGACAGCUCCAUAAAAUUCAAGCUGCGAAUUUGCCAGCGCUCAGAAUUGCUCUUAUCUCUGGGCUGCUUUCCAUGGAAGGGAUUGAUAUUAAAGGUGGCAAAACUGACCCUACUUGGCUGGCUCCAGAGAGUAAGCCAACUGGACUCAGGUCCCUGGCCCGCAGAUUCAGGAAGGGCCCAUUCAUAGGGGCAAGGGGCACCCAUGGAGUAGCUGGAUUCUAUCCCUUCUUUUGCUUGUCUACCUUAUGUGAUGGCCCCCAUUAGCUACUGUUUUAGAAGGUUGCAGAAAGAGGCACGAUUUUCCCUCUUGCACCACCUGAAGCUGCUGGGGGUUGUAGUCCAAAAUAGCUAGAGGGCUCCAGCUUGGAGGAGACUGCUUCAGGCCAUAGCUGAAUGGUAGAGCUUCUUUUUUACAUGCACAAGAUCUCAGGUUCAAUCCCCGGCAUCUUCAGGUAGGGCCAGGCAUAUCCUCAGUCUGAAACCCUGGAGAGUUGCUGCUAGUCAGUGUAGACAAUACUGAACUAGAUGGCCUCAUGGUGUGACUCAGUUUAAGGCAGCGUGCUACAUUCCUAAUUGUAGCUCUGUGGUAGAGCAUCUAGUUUGCAUGCAGAAGGUCCCAGGUUCAGUCCCCAGCAUUUCAAGGUAGUACUGGGAAAGUCCCUUGGCUGACAACCUGGGGAGCCACUGAUGGUCAGUGUAGAUAAUUCUGAGCUGGAUAGACAAGUGGUCUGACUCAGUAUAAAUUAGCUUCCUUUGGCACAGCACAUGCAUUGCAUGCAAAUGGUCUCCCGUUCGAUCCCUGACAUCUCAGGAUAGGGCUAGGAAAUCCUGGAGAGCUGCUGUCAGUCAGCACAGAUGAUACUGGAGCACAUGCUGAAAGAAUGGCUACUUCUUGAAAACACAGACAUUUUGGAUUUAGAAGGUUUUAACAAUGUAUUUGGAUGGCAUGCAUAUUUAUGGUAUGAUAAGGUCAAAGCACACAAAGCAUUCAAAAAUCAUAUUGUUAGGAAAGCAUUGUUUAAUGUCUGGAUAAGAUACAAAGACUUAUUGGAAAAUAAAACCCCAAGGUGGCUGUCAUCAAUGGAAGCAAAAGCUCUGAAAAGGCUUAAUAUGGAGGCCAAAUGGCCGACAUAUUGGGAAAUUUUGGAGCAAGAAGGAGAUAAAUUGAGACUGCAGAGUUUUGAAAAAUUAAAAAAUAAAGUGAGAGAUUGGCUCCACUACUAUCAGAUAAUGGAGGCAUAUAAUUUCGAUAAGAAAAGAGGCUUCCAAGUGGAAAAGUCAAAAUUAGAAACAGAAUUGUUAGAACCCAAAACUAAAAAUUUGUCAAGAAUGUAUAACUUGCUGUUGAAAUGGAAUACUCAGGAUGAAACGGUGAAAUCUGCUAUGAUUAAAUGGGCACAAGAUGUUGGACAUAACAUUAUGUUUGCUGACUGGGAACAGUUAUGGACCACAGGUAUGAAGUUUACGGCAUGUAAUGCCUUAAGAGAGAAUAUUAUGAAAAUGAUAUACAGGUGGUACAUGACCCCAGUCAAGCUUGCAAAAAUUUAUCAUUUGCCCGAUAAUAAAUGUUGGAAAUGUAAAGAAACUGAAGGUACAUUCUUUCACCUUUGGUGGACGUGCCCAAAGAUUAAGGCUUUCUGGGAAAUGAUAUACAAUGAACUGAAAAAGGUAUUUAAAUAUACCUUUCUGAAGAAACCAGAGGCCUUUCUCUUGGGCAUUGUCGGCCAACUGGUGCCAAAGAAGGACAGAACCUUUUUCAUGUAUGCUACAACAGCAGCAAGAAUACUUAUCGCAAAGUAUUGGAAGACACAAGAUCUACCCACUUUGGAAGAAUGGCAGAUGAAGGUGAUUGACUACAUGGAAUUGGCGGAAAUGACUGGCAGAAUCCGAGACCAGGGAGAAGAGUCGGUGAAAGAAGAUUGGAAAAAAUUUAAGGACUAUUUACAGAAAUAUUGUAAAAUUAAGGAACUAUAGAAGGAUGUUGGAUAGAAAUUAAGAGGUUUUUAGCUGUAAUGCUUUAAGAGACAUGAAAAAAAAAAAAGGUUAACAAUUGGGUAAAAGAUUAAUGGUAAGGAUUUGCUGAACCAACAAACUGAAUUGGAAUACAAAGAAGGGAGGUAUGAGGAGGUCUGGGGAAAUAAGAGUAAGGAAGAUAGGUUAUGGAACAUCAUUGUGUUUUUAAUUGUUUUAUUUUGUAUGUCUUUUCUUACUUUUAAUUUUUUUGCUGUAAUUUAUACUUUUUUCUCUGUUUUCUGUAUUUUUGUGAAACUUUAAUAAAUAUCAUUUAAAAAAAAAAAAAAAAAGAUACUGGAGCACAUGGACCAGUGGUCUGACUCAAUAUAAGGCAGCUUCCUAUAUUACUAACAUUAGCUCAGUCAGUAGAGCAUCUGCCUUGCAUGCCAAAGGUUCCGGGUUCAAUUCCUGGCAUUUCCAGGUGAAGCUGGGAGAGACCAGUGCAUGCAAUCCUGGAAAGAUGCUGCCAGUCAGUGUGGAUGAUAUUGAGCUACGUGGACCAAGGUCUAACUCAGCAUAAUACAGCUUUCUAUCUCCAUCUUUUAGUAGCAGUCAAUUAUAGGUGCAUGCAAAGGAAAGCCAUGAUGGCAAAGUGGAUUUGCAGAGCAGGUGUCUGCACAGGGAUAUUAUCCAGCUCAGUAGUGAUACCCCGGCUGGCCACUCCUGUGUGCCAAGGGGGCUUGCCCAGGAAAUUGGUUCUCUCUCACACACACUGGCUGCCAGUUUGGCCCAGCAGCUGGGGAAUGACAAGUAUCUUUCUGAGCAGCCCAGUGGUGACUAUAGGUAAUCCAUAGUUUCUGGAUAACCCAGCCCACCUUGGCUCUGCAUUGGCAAAAAGCACAUCAGCUUGGAUAGGGACAUUAUUUUCAAAUAUGUUUGGGGGAAAUAGCCUGAGACCUCAGAAAGCCACUGCCAGUGAGAGUAGGCAGUGGUGGACUAAGUGAACCAGUAAGCUGACGUAGUCUAAAGGAGUUUCAACCCCCCCCCCCCCCCGAUGUCUGAAUUGAUCCUAAGUUCCCAGCCUGAAAACAGCUUUAGUUGGAGGGCCAUUGCUCAGCAGCAGAGAAUCUGCUUUGCAUAUGCAGAAGGUCUCCCAGGUUCAAUACUUCAUUACACACCUUUUGGUGCCAGGCAAAAACAUUCCUCUUUAAACAGGCCUUUGGCUGAUUGACAUCCAAUGCCCUUUUAAAAUGUGUUGAGGGCAGGGGUUAUGGGGUUGUUCUUGUUUUGAUUUUGUAUAUUUUGUGUUUUGUGUUUUGAUUUUGUGAUUUUAUGUUGUGAACUGCCAUGAGACCUGUGAGCAUAGGGCUGAAGACAUGUUAAACAAACAAACAAACAAACAAACUAUCCAUGACAUCUCCAGGUAGGACUGUGAAAGACUCCUCCUGCCUGAAACCCUGGAGAACCAUUCUGUCAGGGACUGGACUGAACAGGAAGAAUGGGAAUUGAGCCCUCGGUCUGAUCGGCUCCUCUCAGAAGAGGAGGAGGAGUGGGAAAUUUCGACCCCCAUGUCUCCAGCAGUUUCGGGAGGAGAGGGAGACAGGGAUGACGUAAAGCAGAAUGAGGAAAUGUCUAAUGAGAUAGUGGAGGAGGAGGGAGAAGUUAGAGAGCAGAGAGCAGAACCCUUCCUGGAGGGUAUGGGAGACCCUCCUAGUCCAAGGGCUCACUGGUCCCUCCACAUUCAAGAACAGAGAAUGCAGAGGGAUGUGACUCCUGUGACUUCCUGUAGCUUUCCAGAAUGUUAUGAGAGAUGGAAGAGGAGGGACUAGGAGUAGCUAACAUCUCCUAUGCGUGGAGACAUGGAUCCUUUGUCUUGCAACCAGAUGACUGAAUAAAAAGCCGUAAAAUAUUAACAGAUUGUUCUUCUUGCCUCUGAGGCUACCGUGGGAGGAGAGGAUACUGUCAGGAGCUCAUCCUACACUCGAAUAGGACCCUGGCAGAGACACAUGCCCGACUGGCAUGUUCCCUCCCUCCUGGUCGAUCGUUCAGGAGCUUCAAAAGCUUUCUUCUGCCCAAACAUUACAGCAACCGAUGCCAACAGACAUCGGCACACUUAGGGAUCCACAGAGUCUUCGCAGCUUGCGUAACAGACCUCAGCAACUCAGCAUUUUGGCUAAUCUACUUUAUUUACAUAUAAACACACAUGGAGCACUGCAACAUGGCUCCCUCUCUCUCUAGCAUCAGACAGCAAAGGGACAAAGGACAAUAGUCCCACUUCACGGAACACAGUAACACAAACAUCCUGUCUCCAUCACUUCCCACUCUGUGGAGUCAAAACAUACACCAUCAUGUGAUAGACAAAAAUCCCAUGACUGCAAUCAUGGAGCAGGACUUCUAACAGAUACUCCACGCUUGAAACACUGCCAGUAGACAAUGAACCAAUGAACCAACCAGUCAAUGAACCAAUAGUCUGACUCAAUACUGUGAAAGGACGCAGCAUCUCCUUUGCAUGCCAAAAGUCCUAGGUUCAAUCCUUGGCAUCUCUGAGUAUGGCUAUUCUCCACUAAAGAUGAGAUGGGUCCUAAGGCAAGGGUGAUACCUCAGUGGUAGAGCAUCUGCUUUUCAUGCAGAAUGUCCUAGUUUCAAUCUGUGACAUCUCCAGGAAGUUCUAGGAAAGACUCCAUCCUGAACCCCUGGAGAGCAGCUGCCAGUCAGUGUAGACAAUACUGAGCUGGAUGGACCGAUACUCCCACUCAGUAUAAGGCAGCUUCUGGUGUUCCUGCACUGAUCAGCUGGAGAAUAAUAUACCUUCAUUUUCUGCUGCUGCCUCUGGGCGGCCUUUGUUGCAGUGACAGAUUAACAGAGCUGUCCGUGUAAUGGAGAUAAUUAACUCUGGCAUUCCCCAAUAAUUAUCCAGAGGCCAUGCCAGCUCAUCUGAUCUACUCACCAGAUCACCAGGGUAGAUAGAAGAUCCCCAGAGGGAUGGUGUUUUCAGCCCAACUCUAUUUCCUAGGUUAUUGACUUCCUUGCUGGAUUUUAAUCUGUGAGCUGGUUACCUAAUGGGCUUUUUAACCUUUGUGCCUGUUUCUUUGGGGGCAGCAGGGAAUGGGGGGGGGGAGGUCCAAUCAGAAGGAAUGGCUGUUUGUCAAGGCAGCUGGGAUGCAAGAUCAAAGGCAGUGAAAGGCAGUGUGUGAAGUGAUACACACGGAGGCAAAGCAUCUAGCUAGCAUAUAUAUUUAUCUCCUAACACAUGCACUAAUGGGAACUGAAUUGGUGGUGACUGACCAGGGAUGAGAUAUAUAGGGGUCGUGGCAAAUAGCUUGAUGAAAAUGUUGGCCUAGCGUGCCUACCAGCUGCGGAGGGGAAAGGUGAAUUCCAUGCUAGGGGUCUUUUGGAAAGGGACAUAGAAUUAUUAUUAUUAUUAUUAUUAUUAUUAUUAUUAAUAUUAUUAUUAUUAUUAUUAAAUAAUGCAGUUGUACAAAUCUAUCCUGUGACCACACCUGGAAGACAGGUCAACAAGGAUACUGCAGAGCUGGGGGGGGGGUUCAGGAAAAGGGAAAUCAAAACCAUCAAGGCGCUAGAGCAAGCCCAGGCUUUCCCUGACCCAUAAAAAUGGACCCCGUGUUUAUGUCUUUGAAUCGCCUUAACAGUUAGUUAGUUAGUUAGUUAGUUAGUUAGUUAGUUAGUUAGUUUGCUUGCUUUUGUUUUGUUUGUUUGUUUGUUUAAUUCAAUAAUUAAAGCAACCUUACAGGAGAAGCUAUGUGACUAACACAACGUAUCAUCUGGACCUCAGAAAACAUUCUGUGUGAAAGCAAAGCUAAAAAGCAAACAUAUCCCUUCUCAAACUAUUUAGAGACAAACAAAAGCAAGAAAUAACUUACCAUAUAAAUAUAAAUGUAAGACUGUCGUCACGUAGGUGGUUGACAAGCAAUGCAAGCAGGGGAGGUAACCCUUAGUAAGACCACAUACUUCUAACACUAGUAUGCCCAUUUGGUUGUUUUCUAUGAAGCAUUGCUAAGAACAAUUAUUGCCUUCCACAAAGAAGUUGCCUGCCUGUGAACUGUUUUUACUGAUUUUAGUAUUGCAUUUUUAUAUGGUUUUAACCUGCCAUGGGGACCUGGUGCUGCCUUGUUUUCACCUGUGCUGGUGUCUGUCAUUUCCAGGCGACGGACAAGUGGACUUUGAGGAGUUUGUGACGUUGCUUGGCCCCAAACUUUCCACAUCCGGCAUCCCGGAAAAAUUCCACGGCACUGACUUUGACACUGUGUUUUGGAAGGUAAGGAAACACCGAUUCCCGCCCCCCCGCCCCUGAAACCUGAUGGUUUGGCCCUCUUUCUUGAUUUUACUGCAGAUAUAUGUACUGAAGAUGCGUAUUUUCCCGUUUUUCAUGGUGACUGGAACUGCUGGUUCACACCAGGAGGUAGGCAUCACCAUUUUCCUUAAUUAUGUCAUGCUCCUUCAUGCUUCCCAGCUCAAUUUCCAUCUCGCAGAGGAAGGGAAUGGGGAUUCUUCAGGGUGUUUCUACAUUUUAUGGCAGCCUCCCCUCAGCCUGGUGCCAUCCAUGUGUUUUGGACUACAACUCCCAUCAGCCCCAGCCUGCAUGGCCUUCCACUCUUUGAGGUAGGGAUGGAAUCUGGGAGAAGUGAUGGUGAAGUCAUAACAGGUUUCAGUCAUCAUUGGAGCAAGCAGCUCACUUAGAGCUCUCCAUGGUGCUGAAACUACUGACCUGCAUUGUGCCCUGUGGAAGGACAUUAGCCUAUCAGGGAUGGUGGACCUGUGGUCCACCAGAUGUUGCUGGACUACAGCUCCCAUUAUGCCUGACCAUUGGCCAUGCUGGCUGAGCCUGAUGGGAGCUGUAGUCCAACAACAUCUGGAUGGCCCCCACCUCCCUAUCCCAGCCUAUAUGAAAUCCUAGAACAGCCUUCCCAACCUGGUGCCCUUUAGAUGUUUCGGACUACAACUCACAUCAGCCCCAACCAUGUUCUUAUCUACCCUACCAUCAUACAGCAGUGCUGGUUUGGGGCUGAUGGGAAUUGUAGUCCAAACCCUCUGGUUUUGUAGCCCAAAACCAAGUUGAAGAAGGCUGCUGUUGGGUUUGGCACCCUGUCUUUAAAACAAUGUCCAUAGGAUCACUUUUAGCAAAUCAAUAUAUCAAAGCACUCUAUUCUCUCCACCGUUUUCAAGUAGCCCCAUUUGUGCAAAUAUGCCACACAGCCAGUCUGUGAUUGCCUUGCCACCUUCCUUUUAAAAGAUCCCUGAGUCUAGAAUUACAAACACCAGUCAUUGACUAAGGAGCUUCUCUCUUUUAUCUUAAGAUUCAUAACAUUGAGCCUGUUCAUGCAAAGCCCUAACAAUGGCUCAGUAGUUUCUUCACGUGAACCAUAUUCCUCUUGGCCAGGGACGGAACACCAUUUCCAGCCAGUGGGAUGGAUAUUUGUUUAUUUAUUUAAAAAUAUUUACAUGCCGCUGUGUCAGAAAAAUCCAUAUCAAAGCAGUUUCCAGCAAUAAAACCAUACAAUAAAAACCAUAACUAAGGUUAAAACAGACAUCAAUUAACCGUUUUGGAAAUAUGUACUCUUAAUUGCCUGCAUAGGCCUGGCACAAUAGUAAGGUUUUCAGCAUAGAAUGUGCCUGCUGAAUAUCUAUUGGCAAUGAGUUCCACAAGACUGGCCCAGUAACAUUAAAGGCUCAGUUUCUUGUUGUUGUCAAACGAGUCUCAGCAAGUCAGGGAAUGGCCAACGAUGCUCCUGCAGAUGAUCUCAGAUAUUGAUCUGGGGCAUAAGAGUUCAGGCGAUCCCUGUGGUACCCUAGAACUAAGUUGUUCAGGGCUUUGUAAAUUAACCUUGAACCUGGCUUGGUAGUAGAUGGGUAGACAGUGCAGCUGUUUCAGCAGUAGUGUCUCAUGUCCUCGACCAGAAGCUCCUGUCAGCCGUCUGGCCACUGCAUUCUGCAGACGCACACAGAGUGCAUUACAGCAAUCCAACCUCGAUGUUACCAAUGUGUGGACUACAGUGGUCCGGCUAUCCCUGUCCAGGAAUGGCUAUAGUUGAUGAAGCCGGUAAAACGGUCCCCCAACCUCCCCUGCCCAGAGCUGCUUUGAGAGGUGGAUAGCGCCACCCACCUGUCAGUCACCUGACAUCACAAUGCCAUCGAGUAGCAUAUUUUCCUUUGCCCAUGUGGUUUGAAAUGGAACCAGAAGUCAUUCCUUGGCUACAACCCAAAUUUCCAUCACAUCCAAUCAUUGGUCAUGCUGGCAAGGGCUGAUGGGAAUUGUACUCCAAGAGCAUCUGGAGGGCACCACAUUGGCUAACCCUGGUGUACGUGUGUGUAUGUGUGUGUGUGCUCCCUGGCUCAACCAAAGCUCCAUGCAAUGGAUUCAGGAGCUGUGACCAUCCUGUGACGACUGUUCCUACCUCUGCAGUGCGACAUGCAGAAGCUGACGGUUGACGAGCUGAAGCGGCUGCUGUACGACACUUUCUGUGAGCACCUCUCCAUGAAGGACAUUGAGAACAUCAUCAUGACGGAGGAGGAAAGCCACAUGGGGAAUGCAGAGGAGUGUCCGGUUGAUGUGGAGAGUAAGCAAACCUUUGUCAGCACUUGAAUCACCGGGUGCCAUGGGAUUUCAAUUUGGGAGCCAUGGGAAUCAUGGGAGCCAUGGGAGUUGGACAUUAGCUCCGUAUGUACCCUUCUACCAGCUGGCCAUAAAAGGGAACUACAUGCCCUUCAAUCCCAUAGGAAGGAGCAUCUAGGUAGAAGCCUUCCAGCCAAGGUAUCAGGUGAUGGGGAAGGAGCCAAUCAUCUCCGGCUUCUCCCUGUAGAUAGGAUAGGGGUUCUUUAAACUCUGGGACGUGGGUGGCGCUGUGGGUUAAACCACAGAGCCUAGGACUUGCCAAUCAUAAGGUCGGAGGUUCGAAUCCCCAUGACGGGGUGACCUCCCAUUGCUCGGUCCCAACUCCUGCCAACCUAGCAGUUCGAAAGCACGUCAAAGUGCAAGUAGAUACAGUGGUACCUUGGGUUACAUACGGUUCAGGUUACGUACGCUUCAGGUUACAGACUCCGCUAACCCAGAAAUAGUGCUUCAGGUUAAGAACUUUGCUUCAGGAUGAGAACAGAAAUCAUACUCCAGCAGCGCGGCAGCAGCAGGAGGCCCCAUUACCUAAAGUGGUGCUUCAGGUUAAGAACAGUUUCAGGUUAAGUACGGACCUCCAGAACGAAUUAAGUACUUAACCCGAGGUACCACUGUAAAUAGGUACCGCUCCGACGGGAAGGUAAACAGUGUUUCUGUGCGCUGCUCUGGUUCACCAGAAGCAGCUUAAUCAUGCUGGCCACAUGACCCAGAAGCUGUACACCAGCUCCCUCAGCCAAUAAAGCAAGAUGAGGGCUGCAACCCCAGAGUCGGCCACAACUGGACCUAAUGGUUAGGGGUCCCUUUACCUGUACCUUUAAAAGUACUCUGGGAAGCUACAUGGUUGUCCCUCAAUACCUCUCUCCAUCUACCUAGAUCUGAUCCAGGACUCAGAGGGAUGGGGAACCUUUGGCCCUAAAGAAGUUGUUGGACUCCAAUUCCCAUCAUCCCUACCUAGCUUAGCCAACAGUCAGGGAUGGUGGGAGCUGUAGACCAGCAAUGUCCAGAGGGCCACAGGUUCUUUACCCCCUGCAGUACUAUAUACCUGGGCAAGAAGCAGUUCUACAUGGUCUCUGGCUGGUAUGUUCCCUAGCCCUGCUACACCAAAAGAACCAGAUCUUAUGCAUAAUGUUCAUAAAAUCCAGACUGUCCUCAGGAUAAAUCGAACUAGACAGUGACCCUCCAGCAGGUACUCAGUGGUUCAGGAAGCUUUCUCACCUAGAGACCCUCACUGUUAAACUGAGUGGGGCAAAUUAGCUCAGCAACCACCAGUUGUCAGGAAUUCAACCUGGGACCUUCUGCAUGCAAAGCAGGUGCUCUACCACUGAGCUACAGUCCUUCAUUGACGUUCUUUACUUUUAACCCACUGGCUAUGGUCAGUCUCUAUUCCCAUUCUCCCAGCUAUUGGGGUAUCCAUCGCUCAGGCCUUCCUUUCCUCCCAACCUAUACAGGGGCAUAAGGGAUGGCGGGUGGCGCUGUGGUCUAAACCACUGAGCCUCCUGGGCUUGCUGAUCAGAAGGUUGGCGGUUCAAAUCCCCACGAUGGGGUGAGCUCCCCUUGCUCUGUCCCAGCUCCUGCCAACCUAGCAGUUCAAAAGCACACCAGUGCAAGUAGAUAAAUAGGUACCGCUGUGGUGGGAAGGUAAACUGUGUUUCUGUGCACUCUGGCACUCAUCACAGUCCUCCGUGCACCAGUAGCGGUUUAGUCAUGCUGGCCACAUGACCUGGAAAGCUGUCUGUGGACAAACGCCGGCUCCCUCAGCCUGAAAGCGAGAUGAGCACCACAACCCCAGAGUCACCUUUGACUGGACUUAACCGUCCAGGGUUCCUUUACCUUUUUACCUUUACUUAUUCAGGGGCAUGAUUCACCCGCUAGCAGCCAACCUCAAAGAGGGGAGGGAAACCUUCCUUUUGGGUUGUCUUCUACAAAGGCUGUAGUAUCUAACCCUCCUUAAGACACUGCAGCACCUGGGAACCAAAAGGAAGGCCAGAGCAGGUGGUUAGCUGUUCAGUGUCCCAAAAAAACUGAGGACUGGGACAAAUGUCCCACAUGUCCCAUGUCUAUCCGGCCCUGGCAAGGCCACAACAUCAGCAAGUCCUGUCUGUUCCUGUGCUAGAUCUUGCUCACUCGUCUUUUGUUUAAUUAGGGAAGUGGUUGUUCUGUUUAGGCUAUGAGCGGCUUUGAAUACUAAUGCCAAUGGUGGCUGCAAGGGGACCAGUGGAGGAAGAAUGGCUUUGCAUGCCAAAUCACACCAGCCCAGAGUGGUGGGGGGUUGGCAGCCAGUGUGUAGGAAGGAGCAAGUCUCAGAAGUUGGAUAUAUUGCUGGAAACAGAUCCCCAGAUAUUGCAGGGAGGGCAGGGGCUCCAGGUUGAGGAUUUCCCACGGGCAUCUGUAAGAACAGGAUACGGGACUAGAUGAACUACAGUGGUACCUCGGGUUAAGAACUUAAUUCGUUCUGGAGGUCUGUUCUUAACCUGAAACAGUUCUUAACCUGAAGCACCACUUUAGCUAAUGGGGCCUCCCGCUGCACCGCCACCACGCAAUUUCUGUUCUCAUCCUGAAGCAAAGUUCUUAACCCGAGGUAAUAUUUCUGGGUUAGCGGAGUCUGUAACCUGAAGCGUAUGUAACCUGAAGCAUAUGUAACCCGAGGUACCACUGUAUUGGCCUGAUCCAGUAGGUUUUUCUUAUAUUCUUAAUGCUUCUGAAUACCAGUUGCAGGAAAGCACUGGAGAGGAGAGUUGGUCUUGCACUCGGGUCCCGCAUGUGGGUUUCCCAUAUCUGGUUGACCACCAAGUGUGCCGUGGGGGGAUGAGCCCCCAAAAAAAAAUAAUAUCAAGGAGGGGGCCAGGCCCCUUAAAAUUCCCAGGCGGCCAUGCACGCAUGCCACAGGGCAGGCUCAUGUCACACAUGCAAACCACAGGGCAUGCACAUGACACAUCAGCCCCCCCAUGUGAAAUCAGAACACGGGUUGCAAGAAAUCCGACCUAGGGCCGCAUGCAGGCCACAGAUUCCCCACCCCUGGCCUAGCUAACACUGAGCUGAAUCAACCAACAUUCUUACUUGGUGCUCUAAAUCCUUUCCAACUGCUCCAAGUUACCAUUAUCAUCAUUAUUACAAUUAGUUUAUUAAUUACCAUCUAAAGCACUGUCUCAAAACAAUUUACCCAUAAGAUAAUAUUUUUAAAAACGGUUUAAAACACCAAAAGCAACAAAUACAGUGGUACCUCAGGUUACAAACACCUCAGGUUACAAACACUUCAGGUUACAGACUCCGCUAACCUGGAAGUAGUACCUCGGGUUAAGAACUUUGCCCCAGGAUAGAACAGAAAUCGUGUGCUGGUGGCAUGGCGGCAGCGGGAGGCCCCAUUAGCUAAACUGGUACCUCAGGUUAAGAACGGUUUCGGGUUAAGAACGGACCUCCGGAAUGAAUUAAGUUGGUAACCAGAAGUACCACUUUACAUUUAAAACAAGGCUGAAACCCUAAGAAGAGCACACACAUGGUAAAGACCCAUUUAUCCUGCUACGGAAGCUUGCUGGAACAAAAAUGUCUUUAACUGUUUCUGAGAAGUGCAGACAAUGGGUGCCUGCCAUAGCCCUGCUUCAAGAAAAACUGUAGGCAGCAACCUGUAUAAAUUAUUCACAUAUUUACAUGUUAUUUUUUAUACGUGUUCUUAAAUGUAUAUCCCAUCAAUUCUAUGUGGGUUUUGCUAGUCAUGGGGAAGACCCCAAAAUAAUUGUUCAGAGUGGCAUUAUUGGCUACCAUUGUCUGAUGGUUUGGAAACCCAGCGUCCAUGCUUCCAGGGGAUGAGCAAUAUUUGCUGGCAUGUGUCUUUUAUUCUCCCAAACAGCUCUGAUGUUAAUAUAUGCUGUAUGGGUGUGGAAGUGGAACUGAAGAACCAGGAAGAUCAAGUAUUUUUUAAAAAAAAAUUGGAGUACAUUAUUAAUUUACUUAAAAGACCACUGUAAACAGUUAAAAUCAUUGGCAGGGACGUAAUGACACUUGUAAUGUGGAAUUAAUGAUGGUAACUAUGGAUAUGUAACAGUUAGAUAACGGUAAAAGAUGCAGAAAAUCUAAUUUUAUUCCAUGUUUGAAAUGGUUAAAGAUAAAAUGUAUAAAAUUUUGUAAAACACACACAUACAUACAUACAGCGGUACCUCUAAGUUAUGGACUUAAUUUGUUCCGGAGGUCUGUUCUUAACCUGAACCUGUUCUUAACUAGAGGCGUGCUUUUGCUAAUGGGGCCUUUUGCUGCCGCUGUGCCGCUGGCACACGAUUUCCAUUCUCAUCCUGGGGCAAAGUUCUCAACUUGAGGUAACUCUUUCAGGUUAGCGGAGUUUGUAACCUGAAGUGUUUGUAACCUAAGCCGUUUGUAACUCAAGGUACCACUGUAUAUAUAUAUUUUAAGGAACUGAUGCUCAUGAAGGUUCUGUUCUUCAAGGGCUAGAGCAGGGGCAGGCAGCCUAAGGCCCAUGGACCACAAGCACCCCACAGGGGUCAUUUAACCAGCCCACGAGCCACCCCCUAACCGAGCUGCCCACUUGGCGAGUCCCCGCGCCGCCAGAAAUCAUGUCUGCGUAGAAGCAAACGCCGGAAAUUGCAUCUGUGCAGGCGCAGGCACUGGAAAUCACGCAUGCGUGCAAAAUCUGGCCUACAGAGGGAUCUCCGCUGCAGUGAACCAGCCCAGGCGAGAUAAACCUUGCCAACCCCUGGGCUAGAGAAUCUUUAAGCUCAGCAGGUAUCCUUUUUCUGCCGCCAUCCCAAAGUUAUGCCACUGACUUCUAUGCUCUCUCUUUUCUCAUUCUCUGUUCAAACCACCCUCCGCCUCCUCCUCUCCUUGUUCCUCCCCUCCUCACCUUUCCUCCCUCUUCCUCAGCCUGCUCAAACCAACAGAUCAGACAGACGUGCGUCCGCAAAAGCCUCAUCUGCGCCUUUGCCAUCGCGUUCAUCAUCAGUGUCAUGUUGAUUGCUGCCAACCAGGUGCUGAGAAGUGGGAUGAAGUAGCCACAGCUGGAAGGAUGGAUGGAUGGAUGGACGGACGGAUAAUUGGAGAGAUGGACUUCCUUGAAGAACAAAUGGAGAAAACAAACUAUACAUAUCUAUAAAUACCUAUAGCCACGAGGGCCAGGGGUGGGAUAGGGGGGGAAUUGUGAUUCCUCCACGGCAAGCCUCCUGCACACACACCCAUAAACCCACCUCCCCUCCCUCCUGUAUUUGGAGGGGGGCUCCCCUCCUUACCCGAGAUGCUGCUGUCUUCUCUCAGCAGAUAGCAUGGUCUCCCCCUGGGGUGGGUCCACCUCAGUCUGGCUGGGGAGUCCCUGGAACCACCCCCUCCCCACGGUGGAACUUUUAAACUCAACUUUAAAAGCAUGUCGACGUGCAUGGAGACCCCACCCCACCUCCUAAAAUCUGAGUGAUGCAAUACCGUGUGCUUUUAUAACCAGAUAUUAGACUCCUACAAAUAUAUAUAUAUAUAUAUGAAAUUAUUAUUCUUCUUAUUAUAUAUAAUAUACAUAUAUAUAUUUAUGAUAAACUGAAUAAUCAGUUAAGCAAUACACUUGCGUCAGGAUUUUCCAGUCUGAAAUUCAGGCGCUGCAUGAACAUUAAACACUCCAAGGGCUGGACGCGAAUCACUUGCUGUUUGUAUUUUCAUCCGACCUCCCCCCUUCCCAGCAGGCCCUUUGGGGGCAUCUAUGCACUUUUUUCUCCCCGCUCCCUACCCUCCCAAAAAAAACCUGGGAGGGAGGGGCUUACUAGAGCCUGCUUAUGUGGACCUGGGGGUUAUUCAGAUGGAGGACACCGGCCAAAGGUCGGCUUGCUCAGAGGAGGAACCGCGCCUUGGUGUGGCCUCUGCAGCUGUUCUCUUCCCCACUGCAUGUGAAUGAGCUGCGGCAGGCCACACCAGGCGCGGGGAAAUCCCUUCUUCCUCCUCAAGGGGGCGCUGGGCCAGAAUGUUCCAGGAGACAUAAGAGACUCCACCUCCUUUGUGCCCUGAGCCAUCCACUCACGACGGUGUCACAUCCUGUAUAUAUAAACAAAGGUGUCCAGAGAGCACCACUGACAUCACCAACUCCGCCAUCUUUCCAACUGCAAAUUUCCCUUCUGCUAAGCCCAGUAUAACGUCACCUGGCUAGAGGGGAGUUCUCUUUUCCAACAGUGUUUUGUCUUGAGGUGGAGACGUCUGAGUGAUGGAGAUAUCACUGCUAUUCCUGGGCAGCCUGCCUCAGCAGUUAACUAUUUCCCCUGUUAUUUAAAAAAAAAAAAAAGAGGAAGGAAGGGAGGGGAAAAAGAGAG